AGACUAGGCAGGGACUGUACAAUAGUUGGAACUCUCUUUGCAAUAUCAGCUGCUGCUGCUGCUGUUGCUGCAACUGGACAAGGGGGGGGACGGGGUUGAUUUAUGCUGGUGGUGUUUUUAAAUAUAUAUUUUAAUAUAUAUAUCCCUUGAUUUGCUUUCAGUCUCCCUGGCUGAAAAUUCCCCCCCCCCCCCGCUUUCAAAUUCCAGCAGCACUGAGGGGAAAUUAGAAGGAUUUUUUAUUUGAAGGAGGGGGGGCUUCCUCCCCAAUAUUGUUGCAUUCGGAGAAGAUAAUUUUAUGAGUCUCUUUGCGGGAAGCAAGUUUGUUGGAUAUUCUCUCUCCACCCUCCACACGCCCGGAAACUGUGGUGGAAGCUGGAAUCAUCUUGAAGAAGGAGGAGGCGGAGGAGGAAUGAAAAAAAGAGGAAGGGCUUGAUUUAUUUUUGUUUCUAAUAGGAUUAUAUGUUUUAUUUCUGCUUUACUUUAGAAAUUAGAGGAUCGGGAGGGAGGGAUUAAUAAGAACCCGGAGAGAAAGACAAGGUGGGGGAGGGAAAUCACACCCAUCCUAUCCAUCACCUCCUCAAAAAAAAAAAAAAAAAAAACACAGAAGCCACCAUGGAGAAGAAGGAAGAGGCAGCAAAGGCCUUUUCGGUGAAGCAACAGCCGGAUGAUAUCCGAGGUAAAUAUUUGCUCUGCUAAGAAGUCAUUUUUAGAGGAUGAUGUUGCAAAUUGUUGAAAGGGCGGCGGAGCGGGGCGGGGGCACAGGAGGAAAGAGACAACAGACUUUGAAUCUGUGUCCGGAUUUCCACCCAGAUCUGCGAGUGGCCACAGAUAAGGGGGUCCGGGGGUGUCUGUUUGCUGUAGCAAGUUGUAGAACAUUCGUUCUCUUAAUUGUUCUCCCCCCUUUCCAAAAACAUGAACUCAUCGCCUGGCUAUUUUGUCUGUGCGGUUGGCUGUGCCUGAUGGACAUUUGCUACAGGGGCCUUUUGGGGAGGGGGGAGUCGGGGGUGCUGGAUGGAUGUGCAGAAGGAUACAGUAUUGAUUCUUUAACUAGGAUUCCUUAUCCCCCAUGCAGGGAAGGGGGCAUUUUGGGAGGGGGGCCGGUUGGAGGCCACGUUGCUGUGAUAUUGAGGCAGGGGCUGCCCGGCCUUCCACAGGUCACUCAUGUGGGGUUUAUAAAUAACCCUCUGUCCGAAGCCCUACCCAACCCCGGAUUGGCAUUCCUCCCGACAGCUGCCUUUGGGAGGCGACCAAGCCCUCGAGGAGACCACCUGCCCCUUUCUUCUGACUUUGUGAGUGGGGGAGGUCAACCCCUGGUCGCUGUUGAGAAAAAGGAAAAAGAAAAGCCGAUCCAAGUUCAACCUAGCCGAAUUUGAAGGUGUCCAGGGCCAGGACCCCGGGGUGGCCACGGAAAGGGCUCCGUCGUGGGCCUAGUUCUGCUCCUGCUUGUGCGACUGGGGUUUUUGUGAGAGGGUGGACUCGGGAGGGAAGGGGGGCAGGGCCCAGCCCCACAAUGGAUUAAACUUCCCUGCCGCUUGGAGGGAAAAGUUGGGGGCUGGCUCUCCAAUUAAAGGGUCAUUUUUUUGUCCCUGGGGAACGUUUUGAGAUGGAACUCUUGGUCCUCUGCCAGUGAAGUUUGUCGGAAUCUCAGCAUCUUGCCAGUUGUGUGUGCAGUCAAAUAGAGAGAGAUAAUCUUUGCCAUUUUCCCGCAAGACAGCAGAUAUCUGCUUGUCUGCAAGGGCAACAUCCUGUCUCUGUUGUACAGCCUGGAAAUUUUUGCCGGCACACAUGUGGGUGGGCUGUGUUGGCUAGAAUUUGGACAGGACGUUUUGUGUGCUUGUGUGAGUAUGUGUUUGCUUCAUUUGUAGAGAAUUUGCUUUCUGGGUUUCUUUUUGGAGUUCUGCUUUGUUUUUUGUUUUUUUGUCCAGAACUCUUUAAAGGCCUGCUUUCUGAAAUCAUCUGCAGCUUGGGGCUUAAAGUUCCUUUGAAAACUUCAGGGCUUGGCCAUUUCCUUUGUCCUUGGUUUCGGAGACAGGCUUUAGAAGAUGACAGCAAAUAAGCAGAGUCCAGUGUUAAGGAUCUCACGAAUCAGUAGGUUCGCCUUGCAACUUACUUUGAACUGCUAAGGUUUGAAGUUCUUGGUUAUACCUUUUGUCAGAAGCUUGUGGGGCUACUAAUAUCUCCCACCCCCCGGGAUGGAAGAUUGAGCUAAAGUGGAACUAUCUCUUCUCAACUGGCAAACUUUGGUUUUGUUCCCUGAAUGUUGGGAAAGUGAGAUUGUUACUUUGGUGUAGUUACGCAGUGGGUAAUCUUGCCAAAUGAAAUGUAGGCUGGAAGUAACAAGGGGGCUGUUCCGAAGGGCAUGAAAUUGGCAAAUGCUGGGUUAAGUAGGGAGGGGUGUGGCUGCCUUCUGAGGCCUCAAUAGCAUGCCUGGGACCUGGCCAGAUGAAGCAGUGUCUGUGAGUUGUCUUAUUUUGGGUUUUGCUGACUCCUGCCAAGUAACUGGUGACUUGAGUGCAAGGAAGAAACAACCAACAAGAAAGAGGAGUGGCAAACCAGUGGGAUAUGGGGGACUUCCUAUCAUCACUCACUGCCAGUGAUGGCAUUGAGUGUGUUAUAGGCAGCGAGUGGUGCAUUUACUGGAAAGCACCGGAGGUUUUACAUGGGGAAGUAGGAAGGGCUGGGUAAGAGAAGGUGUUUAGGUUUUUGGGCUGGGGUAGCCCAGAGGUGAUUCAGAAAGAGACAAAGGCACAGGGAAUUAACUGAUACUGAGUCAGACCAUUGGUUUAUCUAGCUCAGUAUUAUUGUCUGCAUUGACUGGCAGCAGCUUCCCAAGGUUUCAGGCUGGGUUCUCUCUUGGCCCUCCCUGGAGAUGCCAGGGAUUGAACCUGGGACCUUCUGCAUGCAAAGCAGACGCUCUGAGAAUGCAGAUGUGUGGAAAUCAAUUUGAACAAAAUCCCAGUUUUUGGAUCCAGGCCAACAGGCUUGACUGGAUGAGGUUGGAUUCAUUUUUAAUUAUUUUUUUAGGUUUGGAAAAGCCUGGCCCAAAUUUCCAGGCUUCUAAAGUGUGUACUUAGGGAGAAGCAAUGGGAAGUAGCUCCCUAUUUCUGAGGUAUGGAGGUGGAAGAAGCCACUCCCACCCCCCAAGUUGCUACUUCCCAUAGAAACCUCACAGGGGAUCUGGAGCCAGACUUAACUGCACACUGUGGGAUUUAAAAUGUCUGGAAACAUGCAGGCAAAGGCUGGAAUAUGAACAGCAUAAAGGCCGCAAGGAAAUGUGACCUGGUGGUGCUUCCCCCCUCCCUUCCCCUUCUCCUAAGAGGCUGCUUGACAGGAGGCCCCCUUGGUGCUAAUUUGAUUCUCUCUCAAGUGCCUGGAGAUCAUUUCCAUGCCCUUGGAGAGACCUCUCAGUCGUUUGCACCAUUCCAAGCUAUGGGGCAGGCGAACUCUGCGUUGCUGUAUUCUGGGCCUGAAUUGUGUGCCUGUGUGUGGGCCAUGCAGGAUCUUGCCCCUAUAGUAUGACUUGUAGUUGUCUUAAGCAAUGUGGGCUGUGUGUUGGUGAUGGAUGGUAUAUAUGAAGGGAAGCUCAUAGCCUCCAAUAUCCUGCAGCAUGAUCAUGGGGUCAUGCUUGUUGACAUGUUGAGGAUAACACUUUCCUCUGCCUGCUCCUUAGGUUGUUUCUUAUGCAGGAGCUUAUCCUCCAUGGAUCUGAAAGCCAAGGCAGUGCUUAAAGAUAGGAUAGAAAACCAUAAUUGCCCUACAGUAGGUUUUCAACAGUUCAGAGUGCAUCUCAGCAUCUAUAGUGUAUGAAAUGGAGGAUUUUGUACCACGUCCGCAUGAUGCAUUUUAAUGUUUGUGCGCAGGAUUCUCUGUGCAUGUGCACUAGGGAUGAGAUAGCUCAGUGGUAGAGCUUCUGCUUUGCACGGAGACGGUCCCAGGUUCAAUCCCUGGCAUCUUCUGCUACUAUUGGGAAAAACUCCAGUAGAACUGUUGCCAAGUCAUUGCAGACAAUACUGCUGUGGUUCAACCGUAGAGCACAUGCUUUAUAUACCGAAGGUCCCAAGUUCAGCCCCCAGCAUCUGAACCUCUAUUUUCAGCCUGAGGACCACAUUCUCUCCUGGGCUACCUUCUGGGUGCCACAUGUGAGCCCAGAGGCAAAAAAUGGAUGGAACAGAUAAUGUGUUUCCCAAACGUAGGCCUCUCCAGCUAUUUUGGAACUACAAUUCCCAUCAUCCCUGACCACUGGUGCUGCUAGCUAGGGGUGAUGGGAGUUGUAGUCCAAAACAGCUGGAGAAAUACUGAUGUAAAUGUCACAAACCCCUCUCAAUUCUCCAUCUAUGCAUUCAAAGACAUUUCAGCUAGGCAGAAACGCUCCAGCAGGGCUGAUGAGGCACGUGACCUUUGGGAGAAUUUUGAGGGCCAGGUGGAGAGACCUGAAGGGCCACAUUUGUCCCCUAGAUCUGAGGUUCCCCAUCCCUGGUGCAGACAAUACUGAGCUAGGUGAAACUGUGGCCUGGCAGAGUCUGUAUUAGGUUGAUAGGUUCCUCUCUCUCUCUCUCUCUCUCUCUCUCUCUCUCUCUCUCUCUGCCUCUUCCAAACUAGAUGAGAUUCCAUUAACAGAACUAUCAAUUGCACGAAUGACUUUUAAAAAGUAAGCAGCAAACAUUGAGCUGGGGGUGAAAUCUAAUCUGGACUUCAGCAGGGGCCAAAGGGUUAAAGCCCCCACCCCAUCCCACAACUGAGCUUCAAUCAGGAUCGGGACCCCACAGCUGCAAUGUGCUCGCAGGCCAUUUGUGAAAUUGCUUGUUGGCAUAGCAUCUCAUCUGUGUUGCUGCUUAUCAGUUUCCCCUAUUUUGUGUGAGCUGUGGCUCCAGCCCCUUAUGCAGCCGCAAAUCAUGGUUGACAUUGCCUGUUUUAAUGUGUUAAUACUUUCAAAACUGAAUUGUUUAUCAGGAAUGUUGUAUGAUGUUUUGAAUUGAUCUCACCUCCCUUGACAAGUCGGCCUGGGUGAUUUUUUCAUGCUUCACAUUUUUAGCUCAGUGCUCAAGGUAGACAACCAGCCUUUGCUCUAGUCUCAGCCUGGCCAAAACCUUAUUGAUCCCCCUCGCCAUAUUAGAAGAUUAGAAAAAGUAAAUACAAGGUGAACAGAGAUUACUGGUGGGGGAUGGGGAGACUGAAGUGUGGGAUAAGACAUUUCCCACGAUAGGCUUCCCUGCAUAAAGCAGGGGUGGAGAACCUGUGGCCCUCCAGGUGUUCUUGGACUGUAUCUACGGUCACCCAUUCUGACUGAGACUGAUGGGAGCUGGAGUCCACCCCCAUCUGGAGGGCCACAGGCUUCCCACCCAUCUAUCCACCUCUGCUGUAAGAUAUCCAGUGGAAAAGACUAUUCCACAGGCCUGAGGAUGAGCCUUGUGGGCCUCUUGGUUGGGUCUUGUAUUCAGCAGCACUCCAGCCAAAUAGGUGCUCCAUUUCCACCCUACCCCAGCUGAAGCAACUCAUUUAUUGCUCCUUGAUUUCCAGCCCAGGGCUGGAGUCAUAUGGUGGUGUGUGUGUGUGUGUGUGCAAGGAUUAGAACUGCUGAAGAUGCUCCAUUACUGACCUAAAGCCCUUCCUCCAGCCUAGUAAUAUGUUCCCACCUGUAGCCUUGUGCACUACAAACCAUCCAUCCAGACCUUCCAUUAGAUUAGGGAGUUAGGAAGCUGUGUUAGGUAGAGUCAUAACAUUGGUCCACCUUACUCCGCCAGUAACUGAUGUCUGUGUGGAAGGACUUUGAGUUCAGGCCAUUUCUGGUGCUCAAAAUAGCUUCCCAGGCUCAGAAUUCUUGAACGCUGAAUGUUUGUUUUUUGCAGCUGGCUUCAGUAUGUGGAUCUCAGGAUUCUAGUAAGAAAUACACAGAACAGUCUUCACAAGCCUGAACAUCAGAAGAGCUUUUCUGCUGGGUCAGGCCAAAUCCUAGCCUAGCAUCCUGCUCCUGCAGUGACCAAACUGAUUCCAAUGGGCAACUCACAAAGAGAACCCAGAAGCAAAAGCUCUCACCCCACCUGUGAUACCUAGCAAUUGGAAGUCUAAGGCAAUGGAGGUAGAACAUGGCCAUUGAUAUCCUUACCAUCUGUGCAUUUCUCUGGUCCUCUUCUGAAUCCACCCAAGCUGCAUUUGUCCCCCUGCAGUACUGGGGUAGAUGGAGCAAUAGCCUGACCAGAUAUGUGGCAGCUUCCUAAGCUACAAACAGGAGAUAGCUUGGAGUAUUGCUGAGCAGUCCUGGACACUACAGUCCCACCAAUCCCAACCCUUUUUUGCUGCUGUUCUGCAAUCAUUCUGGUAGGGAACAAGUGAUCAGGCCCCAAAUCUACACUCAGCGUGAUCGCUGAAUAAUCAAGAGUUUGCCCUGAGGCUGGCUUUGCGUCCGCUUCAUGAACUCCACCCAGCAGCUCUGGUUAGAAAAGACAUGGCUAAGCUUGGCUUGGUGGCCCCUUUUGUGGGAUGGAGGAUUGAAAAGGAGAUGAACAAGCCCCUCCCACCUGGCAGUCCCUCUUGCAGAGAUGGCUGAGUCACCCCUAACCCGAGAUUGCUGCGUCAGAUGGUUGAAUUAAUGAAUUAAUUGAUCAAACUUUCUUUUGUCAAGCAACCAAAGCUCUGUGUUAGCUCUCCUAGCUGCCUGUUUCUCAGGCAGAUGAAAAAUUCAGAGCCUUCCAUUGUUUAGAAUGAAGCAGGACAUUCCUUUCCUUUCCUGUUUCGAUGAUCUCCAGAUGGGGGAGGCUCAGGCAGUUGUGGAAUCUGUGCGCAGUGCGCAGGGUAUGCCUAGGCAGCCAAGCAGUGUUCCAGGGGAAGCCGUUGUGAGGAAGCACCAAAGCAGGGGAAGGGCCACAGCUCAGUGGCAAAGUGCUUUCUGUGCACACAAGAGGUCUCAGAUUCAAUCUCGGGCAUCUCCAGGUAGGGCUGUGAAAGAUUCUGGUAGAAGUGCUUUGGGAGAAAGGAGCUAUUUAGUGGCCUGGUUCACACAACACUGAACUAUGGUUUGUUUCACUUGACCAUGGUUUGUUUAAACGUGCAAACCCAGCUCAGUAGACUAACUAUGGCUUGUUUCCUGCCAACAAAUCAUGCUGUGAAACCAUGAUUUGUUGUUGGCUUGCAAACUGCAGCUUGUUUUAACUAUCGUUUAGUGUACGACUGAACCCAAGUGGCACCUUAACUAUGGUCUCUUUGGCGACUCCUCUCCAGAGGUGCUUCAGGCUGCAGAGGCAUGUGACAAGAACUGAUGGAAAACAAGCUAAGUGUAGGAAUAAGCCAUGGAUUAUUUGGUCAUCUGUGAGCUGGCUUGGUGUUUGUUGAACAAACCCAUGGUUAAAACAAACCAUUGCCUUAUGUGUGAAUGCAGCCAGUGUAUGACUUGACUUGCUUGACAUUGCCUAAUACAUCUAACUAUUUGGUCUGCAGGCCUCUUUCUGAGCACCUCUGAAGCCCAGUUGGGGACACGCUGGAGCUGGUGGAGGCUGGGAGUAAGGGACUCAUCCACAAAGCCCCACUGUAUUUCGGAGGUGCUCAGAAAGCAGUGAGAUUCUCAUUGCUUUCUAAAUAGUUCUAAAGCUCAAUUCAGCCAUGGGGACGAGCCUUCUCCCCAGCUCUACCCUCCAGUUCAAAGGACGGGGUUGCCACUGGCAACUUGGUGUGCAUGUUUGUGGAGCCCCUGUUCCAACAUGAUUCUGUGCACAAAGUGCUUUCCCCUUUCCUCAACCUCCAUUUCCACUUUGGGGAUCGUGGCUGGAUUUCUGCAAGACAGGGCACAGAUGCCAGGUGGUCCUGUGACAAUUGCCUAUACCCCAGAUUUUUCUGAGCGGUGUGUGCAUGUAUAGUCACCCUAUAGCAGCCCCUGCUGUCGUUUUCCAAGGUGUUCUUCUAAAUCUGCCCAACCCUUUCCCAUAGCCAAGAAGUAGCAGGUGCCCUGGCACUGCGUUCCCUGGGCUCCCUAUGUCUUUCAGUUUGGAUAAAGCUGCACCGUGACGGAGCACUUGUGAUUGGGAGUGACGGGCCUUGCAGGGCAUCUCAGGUUCCCUGGCUGGCUUUCCUUCAUGUAUAUUUUAACCCAAGUGUAAGCCAAUGCCUGGCUCCCACCCCAGAGCCAAACGCAGCCCCUUAGUCCCUGCCAAGCCACAGGUACGGAAUGGCUCCAGCCCUCCGCUAUCUUUUCUUGAUGUCACUCCAGGGUAUGUGUGUGCGCACGUAUAGAAAAGUGCACUCCAUGUGCGCACAUAGGCCAUCCAUCCACAAAGGAUGCUUCAGCGGCCCGGCAAUUUCAGACUCAGCCUGAGUUUUGUACAGGGUCCCCUCAGGGAUUUCUCCCUUUCUUAAAACCACUCUCUUCUAAGUUUAUUUUCUUCGAAGCAAUCUACAUUCUCUUUCACUCUGCAAAAAGAGUUAUUUUGACUGCUUACGCGCAGAGAGGUGCUGUCAUCUGGAAACAUGCUUUUCCUUAAGCUUUUGCCAUGGACCGGAAAUCUUGGGGAAGGGAGACAUCCUCCCCCCACCCCCACGCAAAUAACACUACACUUCUGAGCCAGCUGAUCUAAAGGCAAUUUGCAGAAGUUGGUUUGGGACAAACAAACAAAAAAGUCUUUUCUUUCCCACAGUGAAUUAAUGUAUGAAGCUCCCUACUACUCUUCAGGUGAGGCAAUGGCCACUCGCUGCCAUGGCUGGAGGAAAAGUCAAUCAACACAGCAGCCAAGUCAAAGGCUUAACUUUCGUGUUUCCUGCAAAAGGACCCAUGUUUAAUCCCAGCAUUUCCAGGGAGGCUAGGAAAUGAGCACCACUUCCUGAAACCUCAGAGAGCUUCUGCCAGUCAGUGUUGACCAGGAAAUGGGUCGCCUCCAGAUGUUGGACUACAACUCCCACCAAACCUGACUGUUGGUCAUGCUGCCUGGGGCUGAUGGGAGUUGGAGUCCUGCAAAACUGGAAGGCUACACUUCCCCCAUCCCUGGUAUAGAUAGUACUAAGUUAGAUGAACUAACAGACUGACUUGGGGAAGGGCUAUAGCUCAGUGGCAGAGCACGUGCCUUGCAUCCAGAAGGUCCCUGGUUCAAUCCCUGGCACCUCCACUUGGGUCAGGGAAAGACUCCUGUCUGAAACUCUGGAGAGCUGCUGCUGCAAGUUAGUGCUGAUGCUCUGACUUGCUAUAAUGCAGCUUCCAAAGCUUUGUGGUCAGAGGCAGUAUACCUCUGAUUAAAAGAAGCUGGGAAGGCCAUCAUCUUUAUAGUGUGUUAGUGAGUUUCCAGAGGCACCUGGCUGGGUGAUGUUGGAAGCAAGAUGUUGGACUUAGACAGACUCUGGUCUGAUCCAGCAGUUCUUAUGUUCCUUGAGUUCCUGUAGGUUGAUAAAUCCUCCAUUUGCCCCUUAAUGCCAGGUAGGACUGGCAAACUUAAUUCCUUGGACAGAUGACUUCUUCAGGCUUGCUAGAUAAAGUUUGGCUGAGAUUAAGAGUAAUAAUUCCUUGCGCUCAAAUUCAUUGGGGUCCUUGAGGGGUUUAAAACAACGAAUCCUUUCCCCAUAUGUGACAGGAGAAAAUAGCAAUUGGUGUUAAAAAAAUCUGAACUCUCUUCAAUGCUUCUUGUUAUUUUUGUAUUGCAUUUUGCCUUGUGGUCAUUUAACAAAGAGAAAAGCAGAUGUUACUUUUUAACAUCUAUUCUCUCUCUUUGGUGCACUUGACUCUUUUCAGCCUUUGGGACACCCAACCUUUUUUACCCUGCUUUGCAAAGCCUGGAAAGAAAAUGUUGAUCCUUUUUGACUAGGGCUGCCAUUUCAAUUUUCACUCUGGUUCUGUCAAACACUGAAGCUUUAUGGCGUAAGGGAAAAGAAAAUUCUUUAAUGGUUAAACUUUACAUUGCUGUUUUCAGCUAUGAACUAUCCCGAAUAGGUAAAAUGAUGCAUUAGCUUGUGUGUGUGGUUUUUUUUAAAAAGAAAACAAUAUCACCAUGCAGACUUUUAUAAUAACCUAUAUCCCACCCUUGUAAUUAAGCUCUAGCCUGGUAAGCCACACAUGACAUGGGAUUCCACUACAUGUGAGGGAGUGAGCUGGCGGGGGAAGGCUAGAGAACAUUGACCAUUCCUGUAUGCAGCCUUGUGGGAGGGACAGACCUCUCUGCCCCAUCUCUGCCAGCUUGCAGCAGACUAGUAAUUUAUUUAUUUGUUUAUUUAUUUUUGCCUGCUAGUAAAUUUUGUCAGCUUAUUUACAAGGCUAUUCUAUCCUGUUUCUGAACUUGGCCAAUCUGCAGAUGGAUACUGGAAAAUGGAAACUAGGGGAUCAGGAGCUCAUGCUGACAUACAUUGUUCUCCCCACCCCAGCCCUACAAGGUAGGUUAGGCUGAGCUUGGUGGCUGAAUUGGGAUUUGAACUGUGGUCUUCCAGCACUCUAACCACAACCCCACACUAACUCUCACCUCACCACACUUACAGGCAAAUAGAUGACUGGGGGGAAUCACUUUUGAUUUUCUCCCCCAGGGGUAGUCAAUAUGGGGGCCCUCCAGAUGUUGACAGUCUAAUUAGCACUUCCACCACCAGCCAUGCUAUCUGUGGCUGACAGCAGCUGUAGCUGAACGAUAUCUGGAGGGCACUGUGUUGGAUACCUGUGUUCUAGCCCCUGGUUCUCCACGUGGCUCCUGCUUGCUUACUUCUGCUUACGACUCCUUUCCCUUCAGUAAAAAUGAGAACCAGAGCUGAGUACACACCGUACAGACCUACAGUUCCCAGCACCUUUAACAAACUUUAGUAGGCAGGAUUCUUUCUUUUUCUUUUUGCUGGGCUGGCAUGUGCUUUAAAUAUGUGGUGUGUAUGCAGCCCAAGGCAGGGCUGGUGUUAAGGCAUUUGUGGCAUACUGGGCAAUGUGGGAGACAUGGCUGACCUCGUUCCCCAGUGGUCCUUUUUAACCUGUCCUGUCUGAGCAUCUGGUUGGCACCCCUACCACCUGGGUUUUCUUCCUUUCCCUCCUGUAGUUAUAUACACAGGAACAUAUCCUUGCACUUCAGAUUGGCUUCAUUUAUCACAUUUAUAUCCCACCUUCCCUCCAAAGAGCUCAAGGUGGCAGGCAUGGUUCUCUUCCUCCCAUCUUAGCCUCACCACAACCCUUAUCUGGUAGGUUUAGCUAAGAGGCAAUGGCUGCCCAAGGGCAACCAGUGAAUUUCACUGCUGGGCAGGGAUUUGAACCUGGGUCUCCCAGCUCCUAGUCCCAACAUUCCUACCACCAGCUGUCAUUUGCUUUAUUUGACCACAUCAGGUUUGGUUGCUAGUGUGGGGCUGACUUUAGCCCUCUUGACACAUUACUCGUGUGUAGGCAAUAUCCUUGCUGAUGGCAGAGUGAGGAUGUGUUUUUUCACCCACACUAUGGUUAGGUCUGCUUCUCAUACGAACUAUGCAGGGGAAUUCAAAGGUGUGAAUAUGUAUGUGUAAGGGACACCUGUGUCCACUCUUUCUGUGGAUGUUGUACCAAAGGGUGGUGGUUAUUCCGGGUUUCUUAAUCCAGUUUAAAAAUGUGAUGAUGUGCCUCUGACAGGACUCCUGGUUCAUACAUGCAUGUUAAUUUCUUGAUGAUUGCAGCCUCAAGAGAUCAUUGGCUUUUGUGAAUGCUCUGUAGUGGAUCCAACACAAUGAACAAACCUCUCUCGCAGCCUUAUGUCACAACAAACACCAAUAUGUUUCUCAAUAGGGUCAGCUCACACGUUAACCUACUAGCCCUCAAGGUUGUGGGGCAUUAGGAGAGCACAUUGUUGUGAGCUUUAAAUGGAUUGAAGGCCAACCUGCUCUCUAGAAUCCAGUUUGGUCAGGGUAGCUUUGCAAAUACAUCCACAAAAGUGACAUCAGUCAUUUUCCAACAACCAAAUAUCCCUCCUGAUAAUGAGCUCUACAUAGUGAAAUGCUGAUUCAGGGUGUGGUCAGUGACAGCAGAGCCGGGGAGUUGCUUCCUGAAUCUUGGAAACAAUUGCUUUGAUUUUUCUUGCUUUGGCCUCUCCCAAACUGGAAGAAAGCCCCAGGAAACCCAUUUCCUGAUUCCCUUCUAGCUAGCUGAUCCUAGAUUGACACUGAUAUGACAUCCCUGCCCCCAGCCCCCAAGGUACAGGGGUUUUUCCCCCUUGCCCUCCUGUCUUUGCACAAGGCCCUACAUCCCAGGGAACAGCCCUGCCACAGCUUGUAUGCCCAGAGAGACUGCACGCCUCAUUAAACACACAGACACACAAAUACUUCCUGCAGAUUAACUUGCAAGUGUACCUUUUCACACCUGGCUGGGAACACCUGUCAUUGUGAUCAAGCAGCCAUGCCUUAAGGGAGGGCACUAAGCUUCGCUAAAGGUAACCAGCCAGCCUUAUAGUUCCUGAUUUGCACUGCUGGAUGCAGCAUCAGUGCUCCCUCUUUCCCCAGUUUGAAUCCUGCCUUAACAAAUUCAGCCUAAGUUUAGAGAGAGUGUGAUUUCAGCAGACAUAGGUUCCUUACUAAUUAAUGUGAAUGUUUAGAGCGGUAUCUACAGGUUGUGGUCAACUCACUUUUAUUCAGCUCACACCCUUUGAAAUUAAUGGACCUAAGUUGGUCAUGUCCAUUCAUUUCAAUGGGUCUUUUCAAUCAAAGUUGAACCCUGUAUACACCUUUUUUCUGUCUGGUGGGCUAGGGUUGCUUAAAGGUUUUCUCCACCUACUGCAACUUCCUUUCUCCAACCAUCUUUCUCACAGCUGGAUUUAUGUCUCGUAUGCAUUGCAGGAGGCAGGGGAAACUACCAGGAAAUUUUGCAGUAGGAAAAGCAGCAGGGAGAGGAAGGGUUAAGCACCCUCUGGCCAGCUGCAUUUCCCCCUAAAAUGACCCUUUACAAAGUCACAAUAUUCAGCAAACACAGAGAGGAGAGUAACAUGUCAUUUUUCCCCCUCUGCUGAUGAGUUUGAAAUGUUGAAAGAAUAAAACUGGCCUCCUUUGUAGGGUUGGUGACUUGUUCUCUUCACACAAACCCCUUCUUCAGCUCUGCCAUUCGUAGCUAGGCAGAGCAUUUUCACUCUUGUUUACCACCUUGUCCCUCACCCAGCUGCACACCUAGGCAAGGGCAUUUGGUUCAGGGCCCUACCUUGUGGCGGAAAGGAUGGGAGCUCAGGAAAGGCUUUGGACAAGGCAGGGCAGGGUUGCUAAAUUGGUCUACUUGGCAGAGAAGGCAGAAACUUGGAGUGGGGGAGGCUUAAAAGGACAGGGUUUGUUUUGUCUGGAGACAUGAAGGCAGGGCCUGAUAGCAUGCAUUGCUUGAAUGUUGGGAAACUUGUUAUCAGGAUCCUUGAGGAGAAUUGAGUCUCCGGGGCCACCUAAGAGGCAGGGGAGAGAACCACAGAUUCACAAAGUCAUUUUAGAGCAGUGUUUUCCGAACUUGGGUCUCCAGCUGUUUUUGAACUACAACUCCCAUCAUCCAUGGCUACCUGGUCAAGGAUCAUUUGCACACUAGGCUAGCCUUUUCACACUCACAAAUCCCCCUCUAUCCUCCAACCAGGCAAGCAACAGGCUUAUCAGGGUUCAAAGACAUAUUCUAGCCAGGCAAAAACACUCAAGGAAGUGAGGGGCGUGGCUGGGGAGAGUCCCAAGGGCCAGAUAGGAAGGUCAGAAGCACCACAUUUCUCCCCUGGGCCUGAGACUCCCCACCACUAGUCUAAGUCAGUUGUUCCGCAGUUUUCUCCACUUCAUGCUGUGGACAGCUAACCCAAUUCUCCCUUUCAGGGUGUAACGGAGACUGAAGGAUGUUUUAUCAGGCUAUUUCUGUCCUGCAGGAAAGGAAUGGCUCCUUCAGAACAGUCCAAGUACAGUUGCAUUUGUUUCCCAACAACCUGGGAACCGUCUCGCUCUGUUUUCUAGUUGCAAACUAAAAUUGGACUGAGCACAAACUCUCUCAUGGGAAGUGCAAACUUGAUAUUCUUGAGGCUUUUCCAGAGUAAUGGCGGUUGCUGGGGCCUUUGAACGGUUUGAAUUCAGCCCACUGGAAAAGUGCUGCAUUUUAAGUGAUAUGAAAGUCUUGCCCAGCAGUGUUUGAUCUGCGAUGUUUCAUUCACACAUGUGAGCCUGUUGCUAAGCAGGGACUUGUGAACAGGCCAUAAGAACAGAGCAUAAGACGGGGAACACAGAAAGCCUACCAGAUAAGGGUUCUUUGCAUUGAGUGGCAGCUCUCCAGGGUUUGGGGCAUCAGGCCUUUCCCAGCCCUAUCUAGAGAUGCCAGGGAUUGAACUCUGGUGACGUCUGGGGUGGAAAAUCACAAUAGUAGUCUAUCAGAGCCUAUCUUGGGAAGAUUUAAAAACAGCUAAUCUGGUCUGUGUGCCAAAGGUGGGGUUUGCACCGCUUGACAUUUCUUCCAGUCUAGCACCUUCAAGGCCCUGUCUGUAGACGCAUAUGGCAAAGUUGGCAAGCUGGUGUCAAGGGCAUGGUAAUGUUAGCAAGCUCAGCUUGAAAUGUGCAUUUAAAGACCCCCUUCCUCCUUUUCUGAUCUUUUCUUCUUUUGGUUUUGUCUGUCUCUCCCCCUCCUCUUAACAACUAUGUGGCUGAAUGCACCAUCAAGAUUGCCUCUCCAUUCCUGGACAGGGAUAGUCUGAUGGUUGUAGUCCAUGCAUUGAUAACUUCAAGGCUGGAUUACUGUCAUUCGCUUUAUGCAGGGCUGCGCCUGAGCCUGGUUUGGAAGCUCCAGCUGGUGCAGAAUGCAGCAGCCAGAUUGCUAGUGGUCGACAACAUGUAACACAAUUGUUAAAGCAUCUGCACUGCAUCUACUGCAAAGCCAGGUUCAAGGCAGUGUUGGAAACUCAGAUAUAUGUAUUAGCUAAAUGUCAAAUGACACCUUAAACCUAGGUUACGGUCACCACAACAGAAUGUCUAGGCGCCUUUUUUGUUGUGGAAUUUGUUAUAAUUGUUGUUAUUAUUAUUAUUCAUCUCAUUUCUAUACUGCUUUAUAUUUUAAAGGGAAAAAAAUCUCAAAGCGGUUUACAGCAUAUUAAAACAUCAAAAUAAAGCAAUCCAGAAUAAAAUGAAUUCAAGCUUUGAGGAAAAUAUUUCAGAUCCUUCUUUAAGUGACAUUUUGCUUUCUGCAUAUCUAUUUACCUACUUAAUUGAUAUAGCUGCCCCAUAGCAGUACUUAGAAAGCCAGUAUGGUGUAGUGCAGGCAUCCCCAAACUCGGCCCUCCAGAUGUUUUGGGACUACAAUUCCCAUCAUCCCUGACCACUGGUCCUGUUAGCUAGGGAUGAUGGGAGUUGUAGCCCCAAAACAUCUGGAGGGCCGAGCUUGGGGGUGCCUGGUGUAGUGGUUAGAGUGUCGGACUGUGACCUGGGAGAUCAUGGUUCAAAUCCCCACUCAGUCAUGAAGCUCACUGAGUGACCUCAGGCCAGUCACAGCCUCUCAACCUACCACACAGGUUGAUUGUGGGGAUUAACUGAGGGUGGGGGUAAACCAUGUACACCUUGGAGAAAUAUGUGGAAAGAAAUGCAAUAAAUUAACCUUUUCUGCUUACCUGCUGGAGGGACCAGCCAGUUGGAGAUGUUAGUUGUCAACCUGGCAUCCAGAGAUCUCCAUGUGGUUGCAGUUGGACAUGCACCAGUCGCAAAACGCACCUGGUGCCUGCCUAAUUUCUAACACUGGUUCAGUGGUGUUCUUGUAUUAAUUUACAAAGCGAUGAGCAACUUAAGUGCUGGGUGCUUAAGCUCUGUCCCUGAUAAUCAUCUGAUGGAAUGUCGCUGGAAUGUUCCCGGAGUUGGGGAGGCUCAUUUGACAACAUGGAACUGUGCCUUUAAGUGUCACCGCCCAAUCCUGUGGAAUAUUCUGCCAACAGAGAGUCAGCAGGCACCUCCUGUUUCAACUUCUGUGCCUGCUGAAAACUUUUCUAUUCCAUCAGGCUUAUGCAGGCAGUUCAGAAUACAUUUUCCCACAACAGUUAGCUCCUUCCUUUUUUUAAAAAAACCCCCACAAAAACCUUUCUUUAUAUGGUUUUAUGUGCAGUUGUUGUGAACUGCUUUGAUCUUCUCUGUAUGAAUUAGCGGUGUGCAAAUACUUUUAUGAAUAAAGAAGACAGUAAGCUAAGAAAGUCAGCUUCUAGUCAAGCUUCUGUCUUGCUGAGUGGCACAAUGCACUUCCCUUGUGCAAGCCCAGCUUCCAGCGAACGGGAGUUGCAUCAGAAUGCAGGCAUCCUCUGGCACUGUGCCUCUUCCCUUCAAAGCAGCUAGCAUGGGAGACGCUUUCUUGUGGCUUGCAUCCGGGCACACCUCUUGCAUCUCUUUUCUGGAAGCACCCAUCCUGGCUCCAUUAGUGCAGCAGGGUGAGGUGCAGCAAUGGAAAGGAUCUCCCUGGACGCACAGCAGAAUCCAGCCCUGCUAAGCCUUCUUGAAAGCACCCAUCCAUUUGCCCCCCAUGUGCCUCUGUGGGCUGGAGCCAAGGGGGCAGGGCAGGGACUGCCUGCUCUUGCAGCUGUGGCUUUGCGAACCCCAUACUUAAGCUCUCCGAGGCUCCCUUCAGUGAUGGGGUCCGCUGGCUCUUCCGCCCUGUAAUUGGUGACCAGGCGGAGAGAAAAAUGCAGCCUGCAAUCCUUCUGUGUAAAGAAGCUUAGCUGCCUUCUCUACUUGUGUGUUGUGGAGUCCUUGAGACAGGCUUCACUGGCUGCCAUCACUGACGGUGGUAACAUUUUUAAAAAACAUCUCCUGAUAUCCCUUCCUCCCCACAUUCUCAUCCCCUAAUUACAGAAGGAUGCAAUUGGGUGGGUCAUUGCUGAGUCCAGUUGUCUGCCCUGUUCCUGAUAUCCUGCACCAAAAUCCUAUCUGAUGCCUGCCAGGGCUUUCCUGGUGCCACGUAGACAAGAUCAUGUGUUGGGUCAUCCUCCAAGUUAACUAAUGCAGAGUCGGGACCAACUCCAGUGCCUCCAGUGAAUGAUAUGGAUUAGGAUCUGACCUCCCUCAAGCAUAAGGAUGCCUGGGAAAAGCAGCAAUGCCCAUUGGUAGACCAUGCCAAGAUGACAUUACAACAUCAUCUUGGCAGUCUUUUUGUGUUGGAGCUGCCCUUGGGAAAGAAAGGAUUCAAAUCCGUUUUCCCUGAAUGCUGUGGUUGCGAUGAAUAUUGGGUACACACCCCUGCAUCAACCUUUUUUUUUAAAGGUGUGGUUCUAAGGGCCCCUCCCAACAGUCUUUUUUUAUUGUGUAUUUAUGAUUAUUUGCGCUCAUUAUGGUAUUGGGGUGGUUAUAUGCAAUAUUACUUUCAAUACUGUUUGCACCUGCAUAAUUUUCAGGUAGGGCAUGUGGCCUUGUUUCCAGUCAUGGCAUGUUCUGUAACUUCUUGUUAAAACCCUCUGACUUUUUAUACCAGCAAAGUUCUGGUUUGUGUGGUCCUAGUAAGCCAUAUAGUUUAGCUCACCACAUUGUGCAAACUAGACCAGAGUAAUCCAACAACAACCAUGACAUAUUUUCAUUUACAGGCUAUAGUUAAGGCACCAGGCUGGGUUUGCAUAUAAUGCUAAAGCAAGGUUUAUUAACUUAGAUUUAUUUAAACGCAGCAGAGCUUAUAUUUGGCCCUGUUUAAAUUUGGUGCCAAUUGCAAACUCCCACUUUCAUCAGUGAUUAACUCCAAUUGGGAGCUCCCAAGCGGCACUCAUAACAGCGGGGCUUCCAUUGCGUGCCAGGUUUUUAAGCUGCUGAAUUGCAAAGCCACACUUGCAAAAGAACAAUCAGGAACACACUCAGAAAUUCCUGUUGUUCCUUUGCAACUGCGGCUUUACUUGCCCCACACCUGAUGUCAUAUUUUGCCUGAAUGGCAAGCCUUCUUUAAUGCAAAUCACCAAGAUAACAUUUUUUGUUAUUGGGAAAUAUGUACAUACUGUACAUAAAAUAAAUAAAAUGCAUUUGGCGGCUUAGGAAAUUUAGCAAGCGUUGCUGUCAUCCAUACACUUUCAAGAUCCACAUCUCCAAACAGCCCGAUUUGUCUCCUUUGAUUCUCACCAGCCCCAGCUGUCAGCGUUGCUUUUUGAAGAAUCCUAAAGAGUAAGUAGUUUUCUGCUUUGAAAACUCUUCGCUUCCUCCAGUAGGUUCCCAGAUGCUUUUACUCUGCCCUGCAGAGCUAAGGUGCUUUGGUGUUGCUCAUUCUGUAUCUCUCCCUCCACCCUGCUGAAAGGGGGGGGGGCCUUGAUCGAAGCAUGCUCAGCCUUUUGUGGGUAAACAUUCAGAGGAAGAGGGUUUCCCAAUUCAGGCAUACUGCGUCCGCCACCUGUUGCAGGGCACCUGCUGUUGCGUUUCAAGGAAUAUGCAGAAUUAUGCUCAGUUGCAUUCCAUUAAAGUAUCAAAAUUCAAUUUGCUGCCGUCUGUUUUGCAGUCUGUUCUGCCGCUGGUGGCAGAAGCUGCUGAACAUUUACAUAGUUGGAGCUAGGGUUGCCAGAUGCUGGGUACAAACAUCUUGGGGGGAGUGCUGUGGUCACAUCCUGUUUGUGAGCUUCCAAAGGCUUACCUGACUUCUGCAGCCUGGAAACAGACCCCUUGACUAGAUAGAUGCUGAUCAGAUCCUGUAGGCAUUUCCUAAACCUGACCUCUUGUAUACAAGGCAGAUCUCUAGCAUGAGAGGUAGUGGGGUGCCAACAUACCACCACUCAGGAAAUUGCCUCGAGUUAUUGCCGAAUUACGGCCACAAGGGUUGUGUGGGGUGAAAGUGCCUAUUUUAAGCGUCUAAUCUUUAUUUCAGAAGCAGUCUGAUGGAGAACCAGCAGCCUCCCGACUGCAGUGGUUUAAAUGAGUGCCACUAAAUUUGGAGUCUUGAAUGUUCCCCGGCUUCACCACACAAGUGUUGAUCUGAUUAUCUAGCCCGGAACAUGUCAUCGGGAGAACCUGAGAGUGGUCAUAAGAACACAAGAAGGAGGAGCCUGGCUGCUGGGUCUUAUCUGAUGCAGAGCCAGCAGUAAUGCAUAACCAUUUGAUUGGGUGGCAGGGGGGCUUUGUGCAGCAGCGAUCCUUGCGUGCGGGCAGGACAAAAAGUCUAUGAAAUGUUGGAAGGUGUGUUAUGUGGACCUCACUGCUGGGAUCUCAUGUGGUGACUUGGUUCACACCCACCCACACCGUGCAUUUCAAGCACAUGCCUUCCUGCAAAGAAAGCUGGGAGUUGUAGUUUAAGGGAAUUGCAGCUCUGUAUGUUCCCAGGAUUCUUUGGGGGAGCCUUGUGCUUUAAAUGUGGAUGUGACUGUGUGUUUCUAUUGAUAACAGUGUCUGUGUGUGUUUAGAUUGCUUUGGGGCUCAGGCUUAGUAAAAAGAAAAAGGUGGGGGGGUGCGGAAAGCAGUUGAUUCAAUUAGCCACGCGUUCUUGAGUUACUUGACAGCCUUAUGUAAUUUUUGUCAUAACAGCAAUUUUCAAAGCAAAACCCUCCCUGAUGCCAAAUGUUUCUCUGCCCUGCUGCAACCUUUUUUAUGUUAUCCUCCACCUCCUACUCCUGCCCCCCCCCCAGUCACUCACGGUUCCCAUGACUUAAGUACAUCAAGCGAUUCCAUCCUUCUCCCUCCUGCCUCACUCUCCUCCCCUCCCCCCCGCUUCGGGCCUUUCCCAUCUUGCUCAUUUGGCCUCGGUUUGACACGUGUGUGUGUGUGUGUGUGUGUGUGUGUGUGUGUGCAUGCAGAUACAGAAUAACUGUGAGCAUCUUUCCUUCCCCCCCGCCCCGUUGUAAACUGGAAAGAAUCACGGGUGUGGAACAAAAACUGAAAGAAGGGAGAUCUUGUGACCAAUUUGAAAGCACUCCCAGCUUCAGAGUCCUGCAGGCUACCCAGAGUUACAUCUUUCCAUUAGCAGAUGCCAUCGUGUAUGGACAGAAAGUGCAACCCCCACCCCUUUAAAACCAAGCUGCCAGUGAUGGAAGGGAACCUUGCACCCAGAACGUGCCCACACUUGUGGAAAUAUACUUUUUAACUGAAUGCAGUUUGGUGGAAAAAUAGCUGGAGGAGAUUGCUCAACUUUUGCAUCUCUUUUUCUAAGUGUGUGUGUGUGUGUGGUCAGACUGGAAGAACUCGGCUCUCUGCCUUUGGCCUUUUAAAGUCAAUAGAAAGUAAGGUUUUCCCAGAGUUGCUUUGCCCAGAGUCUUGCUGAAACUUGGAUGCUAAAUUGACAUUUGCACUGAGACUGUGUCCAUCAUAUUCCCAUUUUCUGCACUGACUGCGUUUCCAGUGCUAGGUGGGUUUUUAAUGCAUGAUCACAGGACAUAUGUAUACUGUAAGGUCCAGUUAGGUCCAGUUGUGGACGACCUGGAGUUGCAGCGCUCAUCUCGCUUUACUGGCCGAGGGAGCCUGCAUACAGCUUCCGGGUCAUGUGGCCAGCAUGACUAAGCCGCUUCUGGCAAACCAGAGCAGCGCACGGAAACGCCGUUUACCUUACCUAUUUGUCUCCUUGCACUUUGACGUCCUUUCGAACUGCUAGAUUGGCAGGAGCAGGGACCGAGCAAUGGGAGCUCACCCCGUUACGGGGAUUCAAACCGCGUCCUUCUGAUCAUCAAGCCCUAGGCUCAGUGGUUUAACCCACAGCGCCACCCUGUAGUUCGUUACAAAAAACUAUUGUUUGAUGUGAUGCUUCUCAAACAAGCUUCACUCUGAUUGGAGUCCUUAAGCCCUGGGAUCCUUAAGCCAGUUCCUAUCUUCUCCAGCCAAGAUGUAAACACCUUUGCAUAGGGUAGAGAUAUCCCCUCCCAUGCUCCCUGUGUGUGAACACAAACAGCAAUGAAUAUGACACUAUGAAGCCCUGCUGAUGUGAACAGCUAGGGGGGAAAGAGCUGGGAAAUGCAUUCACUGGCGGCUCUUAGGCAGUAAUGUGAACACACUCUGAGAUGGGGAUUAGAGUCAUCUGUGAACACACCAGAGAUUACAAAAUGUGCAAACUACUUCCUUUUUAAAUGUAGUAGUUAUUUAAUCUUUUUGAGUGCAUGCUUCUAGUCCCCAUGUUCACACAAAAAACAGCAUGGAUAGUCUACAGCAAAAGAGUAAGAGAAAACAGUUGGCUUACAUCAGACUUCCAUUGGUCAGAGGAUAUAAUAAUAGUUCAACAUGGGCCUCAGGCAUUUACUGUGCCCCUCCCCAUAUUGUUACCCCUCCCCCUUUUAAAAAUAAGUAAUUAAUCCGCUACUUCAUGCAAACCAGUUUUGUCUGCUGGAUUUCUCUACUCAUCCCUUCUGCACUGUGAAGCUUCUAAUGAUACCAAGCCCAUCCCUGCCUGCAUUCUGCAAGCCUCAUGGACCCUUCUUCUGGGUAUAAACAGCAAAUACAGUGGUACCUCAGUUUAUGAACUUAAUCUGUUCCAGAAGUCCGUUCUUAAACUGAAACCAUUCUUAAACCGAGGCGCACGUUUCCUAAUGAGGCCUAUCGCCACUGGUGCCCUUCCACUGUUUGGAUUCCGUUCUUAGACCGAGGUAAAGUUCGCAAACCAGGACACUACUUCCGGUUUUGCAGUGUUUGUAAACCAAAUAGUUCGUAAACAGGGCUGUUCUUAAACCAAGGUACCACUGUACUGUUAUUGCUUAAUUCUAGAUUAGGGCCUUUAGCCCUAUUUAUGCAGUGCUUUCCCACAAUUUUGUGGAAGUGAAAUUAGAAGUUCGACGUAAGCAUAUAGUGCUAGAUUAUACUGCAAUGGUGUUACCCAUGGCCAAGAUCCCUUCUAUAAUAUUACUCAUAAGCAAGUUCCAUUUAGCAAAUGUCCUUUCUAAUGUUAAUUAAAAGUUUCCUGUAUUCAGUUUUUAUUUGAUGUUUUUAUUGUUUCAUGCUGAGCAUGGCAAUAAGAUUAGUGGCAGAUUUAUUUCCCCUUAAAAGUUGUCUCAAAAUUGCCCACCCCAUGGGCAAGGGAAGAAAGCUUUAAUUACAAUUUUUAUAGUUAAAUAGUCCCCCUUCCUUGGGAAGAGAAAUGAACUCUGGGAGGCUGUAUUAAAAAGGCUAUUCAUGGCAGGCAAUUAAUAGGACAUUCCUCACUAGUUUUACUGCCACACUGAAUGCAAAGCAAUAAAUUACCUGAGACUGCAAACAGGAAGUGUUUAAUUAAAGCUAUAGUAGCGUCAUUAAGAGUCAUCAACACUUGUCUGCACAAAACAAAAUUGUGCAGCAGCUGUAUUUUACUACCCCAAAAUUGCCACAAAUCUGGCCUGAGAGGAGACCACAACAGAACACCACAAAACUGGCUGAUCGUGACAUUAACUGGGAACUCCGUAAAAAGUGAGUAAACAAAGGGUGGCAAUUCUAGGAGGAAGGAUUAGCUCAGAAGCAAUCUGCCUUCCUCCCUCUUCUCCAAAACCCACUAUUUUUGCAGUCUGAAUAGGUUGUGCUAAGGUAGCGGAGUGAUGACGUUUCCCCCUCCAGCUGCAUAAUUGGGGCGAGAUGCAGAAUUUAAGGCAAGUGCUUUAUUGGCCAGGUGCACCAACAGUGUCUGCUGUGAUCAGUUUUUGGAACCUUGUACCAAAGUCACAUGCUGUGUUUCUGAAAACGGUAGUUACUUACAAAGAAUAUUCCUGUUUGAGCUUGCAGACUGACUCUACUAUGGUCUUGCCAUCAAUGUGUCCUUAUGCAGCAGGUGCCAAAGGAGGAAGGAGAUCCGUACAUCUCUGUGUCUGUCUGUGUACAUGUUCAGUCUUUGCCAGUGUUCUAGCUAUAUGGACAAAGAACAGGAUAUUGGUGAAUCUGGAGCUGGAAGUUCUUACAAGAGCCUACAGUUACAGACAGUGGUGUAGGUACGGACCUACUAAACUGUCUUAUUCUGAGUUAGGCGUUUGUUCAUCUGUGCUGACUGGCGGUGAGUCUCCAGAAUUUCAGGAAGGAAUUCCUCCUAGCCUUGGCUGCGGAUUGAACCUGGGACUUUCUGUAUGGAGAGCAUGUGCUCUGACACUGAGCUAUGGCCCUUCCCCAGAGUAGGGCAGAGAUGGGAUAAAGCACAGCCACUUAUUUCACAGCAAGAACAAUGAUGUCAUCUCCCAGGGCACUAUUUGCCAAUCCUCUGAAUGCCAAAUAUUGGGGCUGGGGUGGGGACAUAGCCAAAGAAACACAUCAGAAUAAAAUUAAGGGAGAGUUGUGGUUCGCUGACAGAGCAUCUGUCAGUGCCUGCUCACUCCCCCCCCCCCCGCCAGGAACUCACCAGUUGGGAGUGGUGAGGACAGCAUAAAGUGGGGGUGGGGACUGGAAAGCUCAGUAGUAGGGAUGCAAAUUGCUAAUGGGAGGGGAGGAGGCAAGGAUCAGAUGAGGAGCAGGGCUGUGUGUGCGUAUGAGAGAGGAGAGCAUGUGGAAUAGUUACACCCACUGCGAGGGAUGAGGGAGAAAUCCGAUUCAGUUUACAUUUGAAGGAAUUUAUAUUUAGCUAAUUUGCACUUCUGAAACAAUAUGCAAACCGAAACACCGCUGUCCUUCAGAAUUCUCUGAUUUUUCUGUGCAGUUCUGUAGCCAAAUAAAGUGUACAGAAUGCUUAUACUGAGGUAAAGUAUGCACAAAAUGCGUAUAUUCUUGGAAAUAGGAUACAGUAAUGGGGAAAUUGCUUUGCGAAAAUUGUAUAAUGGGGGAAAUUGCAAAUAUUUGGAGAAAUUCACAUUAGAAUGCUGGUGAAUUUUCUUUGGGACUUAAAAAUAAUAAUCCCAAACUCAAGUGGAAGUGUGGAGAACUCUUAAGACUUGAACAUGAGAAAACAGAGAGAAAUAAACAUGGACAGAUCCAACUAUCCCUCACUUCCCUGCUGGCAUGUGGCCCGCAGAGCGUUAGCUGACGGGAUAUGUGGCCCUCGGGCCAAAAAAAAAGUCCACUACCCAUGAUGUAGAGACAAUACCAAUGGCUGGACUUAGUGUAAUUGCCUCCCUAAAAUUAGCAGCUUGGAAAAGAAAGGCUGUUGCACAGUGGCAGAAGGCCAUCAGAGAAGGGCCAAGUCCGUCCUCUCUCAACAGAGACGUGGCUGCAGAAACAGCUGUCUUCAGCAGACCCUGCCAAAUGUCAUUCGGAAGUUUCUGGGAAGAGUCAUGGUGGGCUUUCUUUUUGCAGUCCUGCUUCUUUCCCCCACUUCUUCAGGCAGCAGUGACGUUUCCCCAAGACCUGCCCCCCAAAUCACCUGGAUACUCUGCAGCAGCUGUGGCAUGGGCCUUAAUUAACAUGGAUUGGAAGAACGGCUUUGUUAGUCAAAACAUUAAUUACGAUAGCGCAGGAAAGCCCACACCACCACCCCUGCUUGGCAUUCCUGGGUGGCAUGAUUAAACUGAGUUGGCUGUGGAAGAGCAGCAGAAUGAAAAGGAAAUUUGUUAAUGCCAUUUGAAAUAAACUUGCAGCGCUCUUUGGAAUCGAUUUCUCAAACGCUCUGGGGUCUAGUUGUCUCCAGAUCUCCUUGCCAACCGCCAUCCCUUCCAUACUUGCCACUCGGUUGUUCUCCUCCGCCGCUCCCCCCCCCCCAUUUCCACCUCCCUCUCUCUUUACUUUCUGUCUGCUGAGGUCCCUUUGUCUCGUGCAUGGAAAUGCACCAUCCAUCAUUACCCAACGGAGCAAUUCUGUUGACUGUGCAACUUGUAGCUGCUAAUUACACAAUGCAGAGAUGGUUAAAGGUUUAAAGGAAUGGCGGGGGGGAUUGGGGAUAGCAGAAAAUAUACAGCAUUUUCUGUUGGCUGCAUGUCUCUUGCCAGAGAGGAAGGUGGUGGGCCCAGAGUUCAGAGGCAGAGCACAAGCUUCAUGAGCAUACGGUCCCUGGUUCAAUCCUGGGCACCUCGAGUCUUAAGAAAGGAACAGUGGGCAGGUGAUGAGCAAGACCAGGAGGGCGCCAUCAGGGAGUCCACUCAGCUCUGCUCCUAAGACACUGUUACAUCUUCUUCACACAGGGCAUGAAGCUGUUGUGGAGUUGGUCCCCACAGGAGACAGUGAUGGCAACCAACCUAUAUGGCUCUAAAAGAGGAUCAGACAAAAUGCAUGGAGUGUUGGAGGUGUUACGUGGCUGGGGCAACUCUGUCAGAUGGGCAGGGUGCAAAUAAAAAAAAAUUCAUUAUAAAAAUUGUUAUGUCUCUGAAUAUCAGUUGCUGGGUAUCUCAAGGGGGUCAGUGGUUUGAGAUCAGAUUUUUGGGCUAGAUGAGCCUUUAGCCUGAUUCAGUAGAUCCCUUCCUGGGCUCUGAAGCUCUUACCUUUCUCACCACCCCCUUGUAUAGUUGCUUUUAACUGCUUGUCUUUUGUUUCUAUCUUACGUUUCGUGAGUUAUAAUCACUUUUAUCCCUUUCCUCUUUUUAAGUCUUAUGUGCUUUAUUUUAUUAGCAUGUUUUUAUCUUAUGCUGGUCUGUGACCGUAAUAAAGUUUGGUGAUGGUACCUCUCUGAGGCCCAAGGCCCGAGAAAGCCCCUUCUAGUGAAGGCUGCACUAUAGUGGGCUUCAGGGGACUGAUAGAAUGAGGCUCCCUAGGGUGUUUCCGUGUGACGCUUUGCUACUGCUCCUAAUAAUAAUAAUAAUGAUAAUAAUAAUUUAUUAUUUAUACCCCACCCAUCUGGCUGGGUUUCCCCAGCCACUGUGGGAGGCUUCCAACAAAAUAUUAAAAUACAAUAGUCUGUCAAACAUUAAAAGCUUCCCUAAACAGGCUGCCUUCAGAUGUCUUCUAAAAGUCUGGUAGUUGUUCUUCUCUUUCCUCUGGUGGGAGGGCGUUCCACAGGGUGGGUGCCACUACUGAGAAGGCCCUCUGCCUGGUUCCCUGUAACUUUGCUUCUCAUAGUGAGGAAACCACCAGAAGGCACUCGGCGCUGGACCUCAUCCGGGCUGAGGGAUGGGGGUGGAGACGCUCCUUCGGGUAUACUGGACCGAGGCCGUUUAGGGCUUUAAAGGUUAGCACCAACAUGGAAUUGUGCUUGGAAAUGUACUGGGAGCCAGUGUAUGUUUUUCAAGACCGGUGUUAUGUGGUCUCGGCGGCCGCUCCCAGUCAGCAACAUACAUGAGAAUUCUACAGGAUUCUGGAAAUGUAAAGACAGCACCCAAAGAGCCUACGAAGGCAGUGUUAGAAACUCAGCUAUAUAAGCUAGGCAUCAAAUGGCACUUAAAACCUGGGUUAUGGUUGCCACAGCAGAAUGUCUGUUCUCCAGGGGGUGGUGCUAGAUGGCCCUCGGGGUCCCUUCCAACGCUACAAUUCUGUGAUUCUAUCAUCUCAACUACAUUGCUUGCCUAUAGCUUGCACUUGUCCCAGUAUGCACAAAGGAGAAACACACAUAGUGGAAAUGGAAAUGGUAUUAACUAUGGACUAAGGCAGAGGUUUUUAAACUGGGUUGAUGGAGAUGACUGUCACCAGCCUGGCACCCAGAAAUCUCCAUGUAGUUGCAAUUGGACCCGUGUCAGUAGUAAAAUGCACCUGGCACCCAGGGAAUUUCUAACACCGACUGAGCGCCAAAUGACAGGGCUGAUACCAAAGUAAAGAGGUACCUCUGGUUACGAACUUACGGUAAUUCGUUCCGGAGGUCCGUUCUUAACCUGACACCGUUCUUAACCUGAGGUACCACUUUAGCUAAUGGGGCCUGCCGCUGCGCCGCUGGCACACAAUUUCUGUUCUCAUCCUGAGGUAAAGUUCUUAACCCGAGGUACUACUUCCGGGUUAGCGGAGUUUGUAACCCGAGGUACCACUGUAUCUGGCCUGUUGAGAUAUAAAGCUGGGUGUGGGUGUGUUUCAGUUUUACACAUGUAAUAAUUUGGGGGGAGGUUUCCAACACAUUUCCCCCCCACACCUUGCUGGGUUGCUUUCAUUCGUUUUCUCCCACCCCAGUUGCCUGUACUGCAGGGAUAAAAAGUGUGUGAAUUCUGUUAUAUGCACUUGGGAUGUGUAUCACUUUGGAAUAGGGACUGAAGAUUGACGUUACAGGCUUCACUGAAACAUGCAUUUUGUAUUGGGGUCCAAAGGAACAAAGGGAAGUGAUGUUCUACAGAAGGUGUUCUGGGACAGAGUUCCAGGCAUAAGGGGAAGUACAGGAGAAUGGGCAGAGUUGCUUGCAGGAAGUGAGGUUAGUUGAGUUGCAGGGAUGAACCUCAGAAGAGCCUGGCUGCUGAAUCAGACCAGAGGCCCGUCUAGCUCAGCAUCCUGUCCUCACAGUGGCCAAUCAGAUGUCCCUAUCUGCAGUGUUUCUCAAACUUGGGUCCCCAGCUGUUAUUGGACUACAACUCCCACAAUCCCUAGUUGGCAGGUCCGGUGGUCAGGGAUGAUGUGAACUGUAGUCCCAACAACAGCUGGGGACCCAAGUUUGUGAAACACUGCCCCCAUGGGAAGCCCGCAAGCAGGACCCGAGUGCAACAGCAGGUCUUUACACUUGCUCAGGGAGAAGGGAUGCAUCCAGAUUGAAGAGCAGAGAGGAUAUAUGUGGGGAUGGGACAACCUCUUGCCUUAAAGGAGGAUUCUCUGCAGGCAGCCACUCCAGGCUGUUUACAGCCAGAGUGAUGAUGGAGGGUUGUGACACAGAGAUGCAUGGGACAAAGGUGACUCAGAUCAGGAAUUCCUGCAAGCUGAGAAGCAUGUUUAGCAAAUUAUCCUUGCUAUGAAGCUCUGCAAGAAGAAGGCAGAAAACAGCAGCAUAACAACUUAGUCACCGGUGAGUCCAGGCUGGGGGAAUGCUCAUUCCAAGAGCUCAGCAUGGCAAAUAACUUCUAAAUAUGAAAAUAACUAUCCAAGGCUAGGAGUUUGUGUUAACUGCUGUUCUUUUCUCUUUUUUUAACGGUCCAGCUGGGCCUUCCAGAUGUUUUGGGCUAUUUGCCCCAGCCAGCACAGCUGGAGGACCCUAGGUUGGAGAAGGCUGCUUUAUUUUGCAAUUUCCCUUAAGCUUUUUACAUGACGUAGCUUUGAGGGGGUUUGAUCUGAUGGAGGAGCUUCUCUGAGUCGGAACACUUCCAAACCCCCACUUUUCUCAUUCAAAAAUAAUGGCUUGAUACAGGAUAUUUGGUUUCCACUUGUUGCUCACCCCAGGUCUUUUUGUUGUCACUGUGUCCCCUCCCUUCCCCAGGACUUUUCUCUCCCUUCAAUCUUGACCGCUAGCUGGCUGGCCUCACCCCACCCUCUCCCCUGCCUCUUCUUCAUGCCUUCCAUCCUGCAGGAGUCUGCAAGGAGCCUUCUUCAGCACAAGGCGGGGCAAGCAUUUAUAGCCUUCUUUUGUGGCUUCCGCCAGGUCUCACGCUGGACAUUCUUGUUCCAUUACUUAAUUGUUGUCUGCGAAGGACUCUGUUGCUAUGAGGGAGGUGUGUGUGUGUAUGUUGGGGAUGGCAGUGAAUUAUGUAACUGGAAGCAGGAGUGAAUUGUUGACUCUUCCUGGUCCAGAUCAUGGGCUGGUCCAGAUCGAGGGCACUUGGGGGCGGAGGGUGGCCGUGAGUUUCUCCCCCUACAUGAACCAGCUAAUAGAAAGUGUAAAAUAUUUGUAGAACCUGAGAUAGGAGGCACUAUUAUUCUCUCUCUCUCUCUCUCUUUUUUUUUUUUUGGGCAAGAAACUAUCCUGCGCCCCCACUUUUCAGUGCUUCUUUCUUUUGCACAUGCAUGCACACACAGACACCCUGGAAAAAUUCCUGCGGGUGCCUGUGCUCCAGGCAGGGUGGGUGGGUAGAAGAAUGGGGGCCCACAGCUCCUUUGAAGUCCUCCAUCUCCAUUUAACAAUCAGAGGAGGGAAGCUUGGAAACAGCCACCUCAGGAAAUCUUACAGAAGCAAAAAGUGAACUGCACUUGGUGUCAGGAGAGGGUUUUGUGUUUUGUGUUUGGCCUGCUGUGCAGAUAUUAGAGGUACAGGGACCCUAUGGGGCGGGGGGGGACAACCACCCUAAAGGUGGCAACUUUACGUAGGGCCCAUAAAACGAUACUUUGCUGCUUCAUCUGAGUAUGCCAGUUUCCGGGCCUGAGGGAGAAGGGGUCUUUGUGCCCUGCUGGCACUGUGCCCAGCUGCGAUUGCUGUUUACUUUAAAUGAGCUGUGCCUGGCACCCCUGCCUCAAGCUGUGAGGGGAGGGAGGGAUCGCUUGCCUAACUCUGGAGAGCUUGCCUGAGAAGUAUUCAGAGGGGAUCUCCUCAUAAGCCUUCUUCCCUCCUUCUGUCUUACAGCCCCGGAAGGUACCCUCCCGGAAGCAACCCCGCUCCCCCUCAGUGAACGGACUAGCCAUUCGCCUGCCACGGCGCCCCUCAUGAGGGAGACAGAAACACACCCAAGUGACCAGCCUCUCCCUCCCCUCCCACCAGAAGCCACCCCUCUGCCGCGUGCUGCCGCUCCCACAGGGGCAACGCCGCCUGCUCAGAAUGGUCCCCCGGGUGUCAAGACUGCCACGGUGCCCCCUGUGGAAGCGAAACCUUCCCUUCAGACUAACCAGGCCGGCCCACUGCCUGCCACAACGUUCCCGGCUAUGGAGGCCCUGCCCCCUAAGAAUGGCCGCCCCCCGCCGAUAGGUGCCCAGGCAUCGCCUCCCACGGAAGAAGAACAUCGCCAGGAAAGCACCCAACAACCAGCACCCAAGAGUGAACAGCCUUCCCCUGCCCAGGGGCCUUCCAGACCCCGGACCAAACAAGGUAUGUUUGGGGCAGAACUCGAAGCUGAUCAGAAAUUUGCAGGGUGAGAAUCUUUGUCACCACAUAAUUUUCCUGAACUGUUUGUUUCUUGUGGAAAGACAGCAGAUAAGUGUGCAGCUUCUCUGUUUGAAACACACACACACACACACACACACACACACACACACACGGCAGCCAGGGGUUUGUCAUUAUGAUGGGUGGGGUCUGCAGAAAUAGAGAACCUCUGUCCUGUGGGCUUCAUUUGGAACCCUAGGCCUCCCCCAUUUGGAGUCUCCCCAUCUCUGUCCCAUGUGAGUGUUGUUUUUAUUCUUUAUUUAAAAUGCUUUCAUUUAACCUUUCGGUACAAAAUUUUCUGCACAGCUUGCACUAAAAAUUACAGCAAUAUAAUAAAACAAUUUAAAAAACCUGUGGUAAGAAAUGCAAUAAGGCAACAGGAGAAAGGAUUCCCUCUCAUAAUGACGUCUGAGGAUUGUUGGAAGAUUCAAGUCAGAAAAAAGAAAGUACAAGAAAUUACAUUUUCACGCAGCACCUAGUUAAAUUAUGGAACUCACUGCUGCAAGGGGGAAGUGAUGGCCACCAAAGUGGGUGGCUUUAAAAGAGGAAUGAAUAAAUUCAAUGGCUACUAGCCAGGAUGGUUAUGUUCUGCCUUCAUGGUCGGUGGCAGUAAUGCUUCUGAAUGCCAGUUGCUGGAAACCACCGGAUGGGAGAGGGCUCUUGUGCUCAAGUCCUGCUUGCAGGCUUCCCUCGGGCACCUGGUUGGCUGCUGUGAGAACAAGAUGCUGGGCUAGAUGGGCCCUUGGCCUGAUCCAGCAGGCUCUGAUUCUCAUAUGUUCUUAGUAAACCAGAGAAAGAGGAAAGUGUCAUAUUUAGUUCUGUGCAGGCAUGUGAGCUGGCUGGGAGAGGAGAGGCAGGUUGCUCCAUCUCUGCCCUAGCUAUGGAGGAAAGAAAAUCUCUUCUUCCGUAAAUCUCUUCUUGUGCAACCAGCCUGGAAAUGUAGCAGGCUAGAAGAGCAGGAGAUGGAUUCCUCUGUCUCUUCUUCUUCUCCUCCAUUUGACUUGGUAGAAGGCAACAUUUUAUUCUGGCCUGCUGAGAGAUGAGUAGCUUGCGUUUCCAUGCUGCCCAGGGAGAAGAGGGCCUUCACUCCCCUGAGUCCAUCAUGGAAAUAGCUAGUGCAAACAUUUGCAAGCUAGUAGUUUUUUUGGUUAUUUAUGUGCCUGGCUUGAUAGCCUUCUGCUGCUGCUGCUGCUGCUGCUGCUGCUGCUGCUGCUGCUGCUGCUCCUCCUCCACCGUGGGGUAUAUCGCCACAAGGCAUCUAGAGUUGGCUCCCUGAAUUGGUGCUAGAGAAGGCCGCAUGAUGGCUGGCAGAGUCACAGUAUCAUCUGCAGCAGUUCUCUUGCUUCUUUUCAGGUUUUUGGUCCUACUUGGAGCCUCAGUCCUCCCUGUUCAUAUUAAUUUGUUGUGUGAUUAUACUCUUCCUUACUUGUCUUCCUCCUCCUCCCCACCCUGCUGUUUUACUUCUCUAAAAAUAUAAACAUUGAUAGUUUGUUUUUGUUUCUCCUUUAUUAAUAAUAAUAAUACUGCUGCCAGUGAUGCCACUGGUGUGACCCCCUUCAGAUCCAAGUGGGACACAGUAGUCUGGAAAGACUGGUGCAGACAUGAAGAGGAUUUGAUGAACGUCAGGGUUGCAGGGGGUGGGGUGGACUUGCACAUGACUUUUCUAACUGGCUUAACCUCUUCCUUCUCUUCCCCAGAUACCCAGAAGGCGCAAGCCAGGCACAAACUUGCUCGAGAGCGACGGGAAGAACGAGCCAAACAUCUAGGUAAGAAGCAAGCUUGUGUUUGUGGGGCAGAGGAAGCUUCAGGCCCUCUCCAGGCAACGAAGCUUGCAGAUCUUCUGGGAUCCUUGCCCAGGAUCCUUUGGUCCAUCUAUCUAUUGCACACUGACUGACAGUGGUCUCCAAGGUCUCAUACAGGUGAGUGAGAAGGCAGAUGAAGAAGGGAUCAAUCUCUCUGUCCCUCCUCUACCAGUCAACUUAGUUUCUGUGAUGGCCAUGAAGGAAAGCCGCUUCUUCCACAGCUGGCACACAAAGUAGACUGCCAAAAGGGGAAUAGAUUGCUUUGUGAUUCCUCUGCCAGUCAGUCCAUCUGAUAGACUGCAGAGUGGGUUUUUUUUUUUACCUGCUAAGAAACUAGUAGCCUGGAUUUCCUUGCUGUCCUUGGAAGAGGGGAUUUUCCUUCCUCUUCUGCCAGUACAGAAGUGCAGGCUGCUAACUUCUCAGCAGGCUGGUACAAACAUAUGGGAAUGCGGAAAAAGAAUUGCCAGAUAACUAAAUUUUUACAGAAUAGAUAGCUUUCUCUCCACCCUUCUUUACUGUGGAUUUAGUUAGGUGAGUUAAAACCUUAACAUGCAUUUACUUGCAUGCAAUUUGCCUAAUCAGUUGUGUUCCCCACCUCCCACAGGAUUACCAUCAUGUAAGCAGCAGAGCAAGCAGAAACUUCUUAACCCUGACCAGUAACCUCUUACACCUGCCCAGCCCCAUCCUAUACCCAUUCCCCCAUGUUUGUAGCUGACCUUUCGCAGCACAGUAUGUAGGCUCCUUGUGUGAUUUAGAGCCCUGAUCCUCCAGGACUCUAAAUCACCCAGAGAGCAUCUCCGAAUGAACAGGGCAGGCUCCCUGUGGCAGACAUUCAGCCCCCAACACGUGGAUGGCUGCAGGAGUGGCAACAGGAACAUGCAGUAGUGGGGUGAGGCUGUUGAUCUUUAUCCUUUCACCCUCCCGCAACAGUAAUUCUGCGUGUGCGGAGUCUGGGAGAACACGACUUUGCACGGCUCUUGUAUUUUGAGAAAAUUCAUCUCUCAUGUGUACCAAAUUGUGAGUGGGAGAGAAAUCAUCACACUCCUUCCUUCCUUCCUUCCUUCCUUCGUUCCAUUGGGCCAGCAAGUCUAGACAAACACACAAACUUCAUCCAGUUAUGCAUCCCCCUUCUGCCCCCGUCAUGUGCAUCUGUGAGAUGUGUUGUAGGUAAUGUCUUGGCAAAGAAGAUUCCUUUCCCAUGCAGUAGACCUCUAGUCAUUAAUUUUGCUGGGUGCUGCUCUCUGUUCUGCGGCCUCUCUCCUGCUUUCCCUCUGCACCGCACUACCCACACCAUCACUCCCCCUCCUAAUACUUUUGCCGCUCCAGUCUAAAUCACUUUCCACCCUCAUUCCCCCAUUGUUUGGCCUGAAUGUGUUUUUCAGGCCAGCUUCCCAUUCCCUUUGUUGACUGCAUUGCCCCUCCCUCCUUCUCUGCUAGUAUCCUGAUCCACUUUGUUGUUUAGGGUCUUCCCCCCUCUCCCCCCCCCCCAGCUUGCUGUCACCAGCUGUGGGCUUCAUUCCUGAAGCUAGGGGUUCAGUUACUGCAACCCACUCCUUGUUUGAGUGAAUUCCUGCAGGAUUUUCCCUCAUUCCUUCCAAUUCUCCUGCCAACCCAGCUUUCCAUUGCAGAUAGGUCCUAUUAUUAUUUAGUUAAAGUAUUUGUGCCUUGCCUUUCAAAGUUUGCUUCAAGGCAGCUUGCAAGCAUUUGAAAGCAUUAUGCAUGCAAAAUGCAUAAAAACAAUUAAACGAUAACCUUAAGUCAAAGUCAGUUUAUUUAUAUACCAUGUCCCACAAAAUACAACUGUUCUCUAAAGCGGUUUGCAUAUUUAAAGCAGUCUAAAUGCAGCAGAGUAAUAAUUGCAUAAUAAAAAGUAGAAUUAUCACUGCAAUAACGUAACAACAUAACACUAAACAAAUCAACAAUUAACCGUAUAUUUAACAUCCAUCAAAAUUAAAGUGAGCAUAAAGUUCACCAGUCGAUAAAGUAAAAGUAUCCAAUAACUUCACAUCCAGAAGUGGCCCCAAAGCAUUAGCAAUGAGCAACUGCUCUCCUUCAUCGUUUAUACCAGAAACCCCUCUCAAUAGUUCUUCUGGAAGCAGCUGCUUUAUGAAGGCUCCCAGUGCUGGAGGAUAGAACAAGGCAGGUGGAAGCAGCCACCCAUCCCCUCACCUAACUUUAAAAGUGCAGACAUUCUCCUUCUUUACACUACAACCUCUUCAAAUCUCCUCCCACCUCCUCCCCCCCCCAAAGUAAAUAAAUAAAAUCCCUAAUAAAAAGGCAGGCCUAGUUAUCACGAGCAUCAGAUGAGGUAGUCGGCCUCUUUCUGGACUGUUCCCAGGCCUGGCAUCAGCAGAGAAGCGAAUGCCAGGUGCCUGUUGUAGCUAGUGCCAGCUCCCGCUUUCUAAUGUUUAUUAUUAUUUUUUAAUGGUCCAGCGCUGUGAAGUGAUGCACUGGGGAAAGUUGUAACCAUUGGUCUGCUUCUUAGCCCCAGUGACUUAGGGCUUUGCCCCUGAGGUGCAGGUCGAGGGUACGACCCAGAGGCAGUGGGGAUGAGGAAGAUGAUGGUGGCAGUAAUGGAUGUAGUUAAAGGGGAAGGGCCACAGCCCAGUGGCAGAGCAUCUGCUUUGAAUGGAGAAGGCCCUAGGCUCAAGCGCUGGCAUCUCCAGGUAGGGCUGGAAAGCCCUGUCUGAAACCCUGGAGAGCCUCUGCCAGUCACAUUGAACUAAAUGGGCCGAUAGCCUGACUCAGUAUAAGGCAGCUUAAUUGUUUGGUGAAGGGCCAUAGCUCUUGGAGAGCAUCUGCAUUGUGUGCAAAAGUCCCAAGUUUGAUCCCUGGCAUGUGUAAGCAUGAAGGCCCAGCAUCAAUAUCUGACAUCCUAGUGCUCAUCAGAGCCCAUCAGAGCUAACAUCUGCCCUCCAUGCCUGCUGGCUGGAUCUGCAACAUGCCAUCUAAACUCUGCCAUUAUCAGAGUUUAGUGACUCUUUUCCAGCCAGGCUAAUGGGUGGGCACAUGUCCUGUGGGGAGAGGACGUGGCUGGGGAAGAGGUGUGGCCUGGGGAAAGUCCCAAACAUCAGGCAAAAGGAGGCCUCGAGGGUGUGGUUCUCCACCUCUGCCUUGGGGCUGAUGGGAGUUGCAGUUCAAAACACCUAGAGGGAGCCAGGUUGGCAAGAACUGUUUUGUUGUAUUCUGUGUCAGAAUUUCCAUCCCUCCGCAUCCAGCCUGCUAUAUGUUCCCUAGGUGGUGAGCUAAAAGCGAUAAUAAUGUACAUUCAUUUUAAAUAGUUUUUAAAAGCUGAACAAGAGGCCAUAUCGUUUUAGACAAAUAUAUGGAGGAGAAGAUCUGUUAGUGGCUAUUAGGUGCUAUGAGGCAAAUGGUGGGGGGAGGCUGUUGCCUUCAUUCUGGGUUUGCAAGAUUCCUGGAAGGAUCUGGCUAUAAGCAGGAAAGUGGCAGAGUGUUUGUUUCAGAUAUAUAUUCAGACUGCAAGACUUCUACAAAAUACUCACCUUCUCUCUGCCUAAGGGACUUGUUGGAUGAAAUGAAAACCACACCAUUUCCUUGUAAUGUAAUAUGUCCCAGGAGUGAGGAAGUGUGUGUGUGUGUGUGUGUGUGUGUGUGUGUGCGCGCGCGCGCAGGCAGAGCUGGCUAUGCACUACAUUGCUUUAUCUCUUCUGUCUGCUUUCCUCCCUCUUUAUUCCUUGGUCUUUGCCCCAGUAGCUGCCAAGCGGGUCCUGUGGCUGGAGAAGGAGGAGAAGGCUCGGGUGCUGCGUGAAAAGCAACUGGAGGAGCGGAGGCGGCGACUGGAGGAGCAGCGGGUUCGUGCCGAGAAGCGGCGAGCAGUGCUGGAGGAACGCCAGCGUCAAAAGCUGGAGAAGAACAAGGUGGGCUUGGGGUAGCUUGGGAGCAGGAAGGGAGGCAGGCAAAGGGGAGGAGAGCUGGCAACAAGGCACAUGAAGAGGCAAGCUGCGGAUUGCAGUGCAACUGCCAGGCAGCAGGAAAUGGAAUUGCAUAGGACAAGGGUAGCUAUUAACCUGUGGUGCUCUGCAAAUGCAUGUUGGACUACAGCUCUCUUCAAAAUAAUAAUAAUACAAAACCAAUACAGUCAUACCUCUACCUACGUAUACCUCUGGAUACAGAAUCUUCAGGUUACGGCCACGGCAAACCUGGAAGUGUAUACUUCCGGGUUUCUUGGCGUGCGCAUGCACAGAAGUGCUCAAUCGCGCCUUGCGCAUGUUCAAAAACACUCAGUCGUGCUGCGUGCGUGCACAGAAGUGCGGCUCUAUUUGCGUUAUUUUCAGGGUGCGAACGGACCCCUGGAACGAAUUAAGUUCGUAUCCGGAGGGUCCACUGUAGUAUGAUAAUAAUACAGAAAAACAGUGUUUUCUAAGUAAUAAAAUCCAACAGCAUUAAGCAGCAAAAUAUCUCUGUUAUAAUUCUAUUCUCCAGAGAUCUGAAUUAAUUAUUUUGACACCUUCAGAGCCUUUUACUGGUUUGUGGUUUGGAGAGGGACGUUUCAGUGGGGGGGGGGGGCACGUUGCUUAUGAAAUACCUUUUCCAAAAAGGUAAACCAAGCAACCUCAUAUCCACCUAGAGAUCUUGGGGAAGGGUUUUUGUCUCCUCCUUUGUUAUUCACUCCAUCCAAACCCUUACCUCCAAGGCUCUGAAAUGGCAAUUGAAAGUUUAGUGUCUCUCAUAGAACAUAGAAAGCUGCCUUAUUUUCAGUCAGACCAUUGGCCCAUCUCACUCAGUAUUGCCUACAGGCCUACACUGACUGGCAGAGGCUUUCCCAUGUUUCAGAUGCCAGUCAGAUGCUAUGGGGAUGCCAGGGAUUGAACCAGGGGCCUUCUGCACACAACAGCACCCCCUGCCCCAUAGAUGAUACAAGGCGUGUUUUUACAGGAUAGGCAGCUUCCUUAUACAGUCAAAGCAAUGGUCCACCUAGCUUAGUACUGUCUAUGCUGGCUGGCAGCAGCUCUCUAGGGAUUCAGACAGAGGCUCUGUCCUUCCUGACUCCUCCCCUUUCCCCUUCUUCAUCAGGAGCGUUACGAAGCUGCCAUCCAGCGCUCAACAAAGAAAACCUGGGCUGAAAUCCGGCAGCACCGGUGGUCAUGGGCUGGUGCCCUGCACCAGGGCUCCCCUGCUCACAAGGAUGGUGAGUGGAGACAUCUGGCACAUGUGCAUCUUUGUGUGGGCACAGACAUGCAUCCACGGGGGGGGGGGGCAAUAAAUAAGCGCAUGUAGGCUGACCAGAGUGAGCUCGAUAGGAUCACUAAUGGUAGCAUGGGGGGAGUGGGGCUCAGUGCUUUUGCACGUGCAUGCGCUUGAUCAAGAAGGGGCCUUUGCAUGCUGAUUUGUAAUUAGAUUGAUUGCAAACCAGCCCUUUUUGCAUGGGGGCAGCUGGCCAUGUAUUUGCAGCUUGCUGUUCAGUAGGGCCACUAGCCAGUGGAUGCUGUGGCAUGGUAACUAUGGUGUUGGAUGCGCUGGUGUGGUGACACCCCUUCCUUACCUCCGUGCUAUUCCGAACCUCCCACAUCUGUUUCCUCACUUGUUUGCUUUUUUUGGACAUCAGGUUUUGCAAGAGAGUGACACAACGCAGGUCUUCUUGGGGCUGGGCAGUGAGGCACGUGAUGCUCUUGGCUCAAUUGAUUUAGUCCACAGGCACUGGCAGCACAAGCUUAGGUGCAAGGCUUUUUUUGUUAUUCAGGGCACAAAUAUAUAAGGGCUCAGUAUCUGCAGGAGAAUUUUCCAUCCCAAGAAGCUAUGAUUUGUGAUCGAAGAUAGUUUCGAGCCCUUAUGGUUGUGGAGAAGAGCUUGCAAGAGAGUAUGCAGUUUGCUAUGCAGGCUUAGCAGGGCUCCCUGCAGACAGCAGACAAGCCAAUAAUCAAAGCUUGCCUGGUAACCUGUGGUGAGUAACCAUUCCCUCCAGGCAAUCAGACGGGGAAGCUUUGCUAAAAUCAGUUUUUAUUUUCUUCCGGGCCUUGAGUGAUUAGCAUAGCUAUAUGACAGGCAAGCAACUGGAUUAUUGCAGUGCUCAGUUUGGUUUUGAACGCUGAAGUCCUGAGUGGGCUGGGACUAAACCUCCUCCUCCUAAUUAGCACUAUAAGCACUUUAGAGUGUUAGAAGCACUUUACAUGUAUUACGGUUUUGGAAUCCUUAUAGCAGCCUUGUAAGGUAGGUCUGUUGGCCAUGACUGCUGUUAAAUGGAACCCCCAUGAUCAGGGGCAGUAUACCUCUGAGUACCAGAGUCUGGAAACAAACCUAGGAGAGAGGGCUGUUGCAUUCAUGCCUGCUUGUGGGCUUCUUGGAGGUACCUGAUUCGUCGCUGUGGGAAAUAAGAUGCUGGGCUUGAAUUACCUUUGGCCUGAUCCAGUGGGGCUUGCUUUACUUUCUUAUAUAGCUCAGUGUUACUGUCCUAGCUGGGAGAGAGGAAGUGGCUUGCCUAAAGUCAGCUCAGUGAGUUUAUGCAAGGGCAAAAUUCAAUCUGGGAACUUCCUGACAAACAACUCAGUCUCCUCUCCUCUCAAGAGAGAUCCUCUUCCUAUAGAAGCCCUCUGAUCAGGAACUGGGAACCCUCCUCCCAAGUCCUAUAUUUUUACUUGGUAAUAGGGCAACGGUUGUGGCCUCCUCUGUUUGGUUGCACCCCUAAGAAUCUUUCUUUCAUGAAUGGAACCUCAAACAAUGCAAACUUUUAAAAACAAUUCCAUAUGCAACCAUGUGCAUGGAGUUGUUCUUAAAUGUUUGCUUUGUUUUUUAUAUAUAGAACUGUUUUUAACUGAUGUGAUACAUUUCUUGUUUUACAUUUGUUAACUCUCUCUGUGUGUGUGUGUGUGUGUGUGUGUGUGUGUUAUAGUAUAUUUUAUUGCUGUAACCCACUCUGUGACCUUCUGGUGAAGGACGGGUAAGAAAUCUCAUAAAUAAGUUCCCAAACGCUUCGGCUUUUCAGAAAGACCCAAACCAUCUAAUAUUUCCACAGGCGUUGGGCUGGUUAUGAGUCUCACUUGAGGUUUUAUGUAUAUGUGGAUUAAUGUAGUGUAUUUAUUUAAUUGGCUUCCUUUGCUUUUUAUAGUUUUGAUAUCACAGAGUUUUUCAAAUUUUAUUAGCUGUGUUUGGUUUUGAGGUAGGAAAGGUCACUAGUCUAAAUAAAUAGCUAAAUACCUUUCUGAAAUGAUAGGUACUAGGGUUCAUGCCUGCUGAGAAACUUGCCCUUCAGCCUGGAUGUUCUUACCCUUAGUCCUAGAUGGACUGAGGUUGGUUGAUGGGUGGUUACAAUGGUGGCAGAAGAACACUCUAUAUGUGUUUAAAGUACCUCUUUUAACAUUAUUUAUUUGCUUGUUUGUGACUUUUGUGGCUGAGCAGGGAAUCAGUACCCUGUCUCCCCUACUCCAAGACCACAACCGUUACAGUUCAUGGUGACUGGCUAAGAGCUUGAUCAUCUGCAUGUCUUUUCCAGUGGAUUGUAAUGACUUCUCAUUGUGCCCUAGCUGUAAUCUACACCUAGUGCUGUGACUCUGUACAGGACAGCUCUUCCUCCAGGGCAGGGGCUAUACCUUCUCCAAAUUGCAGUUUGUUAUGACAAGUGAGACCUGCAACAAAAUGUUGCCGCAUAUCCCCUCCUUCUGAGACAACCUUCCCACUUUAGGGUCCCACAGGCUGCUAGUUUGCAACUCCCAUCUUUCCUUGCCAUUGGCUGUGCUGGCUGGGGCUGGUAUAUUGUCCAAGAGGAUCUGAGAACCCAAGGUUGGGGAACCUGAUCUUAGAGGAAUGCUUCCAUCUAGAGCUCCAGCCAGUCUGAAAUAUGAGCUUUGUUCUCACCGGGGAGGACUGCAUUUUGCAAAAAGAGGACAAAUCACAUAUUUUCCUUCCUCUGUUUCCCCCCGCUAGAUCUAGAAGGGUUUGAGUCAGCAUCUUAGGCAUUUUACAGCUUCAGGAUACUCAUUAUAAGCUGUUACGGUAGGUGUGGGGAACCCUGAAUUUUGCUAAACUAUAAUUUCCAUAAUCCCUAGCCAUGUGUGCUGGAGCUGAGGGGAGUUGUAGUUCAGCAAAAUCUGGAGGGCCACAGGUUCUCCAUCCCUGCUACCAAAGGAGUGAGAGGGGGAAACAAGUCGUUGUGGAACUUUCUCUCAUGGGGCUGCAUCAUAGUUCCUUCAAGCAAACUAUGCAACAAGCUUAAUAUUUUACUAUCUUAAGCUACAACCAUCUCACAUACAUAUAUACCCAGAUAAAAACUCUUUUAUUUCCCUCUAUCUCCUAUCAAAUUGCUGAGGGCCUGUCCAAAUGCUAUAGAAAUCUCUCUUUGUCUGUCAGAAAUUUGCCUCAGGGGAAAUUUCCUCCACAGUUUACCUCAGAAAAUGCAACCAACUGGGGCACCUGCAUCUCCAGGGCUUUGCCGUCUGUCUCUGUGAACUCUUUACAAAGUACUAGAUUUUAACAAAAGUUGUUGGACCACAGUUAAUCUUAUCCAUUAAUUUCAGGUAUGACUAACAUUGCAUCUGAACCUAUAUGUUUUGGCAUCAGGCUUUCAUCAGUUUUGUCCUUCCCCAGAAUCAAUGAAAGGCCUACUGAGUGGCAGGUGUCUUGGUUGCCAUGGCAGUGAACAUGGCUUGUGAGCUUCUGACGGUGAUGGCAAGAGUGGAAGGCCAGGCAAAAACUAACUACCAGUAUCUACUGAACUAUUAUAGCAUCUUAAUAGUUGGGGGUACCAACAACUGCUAAAUAUUGAGAAAGAAGAUCCAGCUAUCUUUUGAGGCAUUUGGUUACCUAUUCAGGCCCAAAUCUCAACAUUGUUGCUUCAGAAUGGAGAUUCCUUCCUUGGAAAACCACAAAUCUUGCCAUUUUGAUUUGAAGCGUCUUGAUUGUUUUCAGCCCAGUUUGUUGUUUGGUGUCUGAGCCUGAAGAGGGACACACCUGUGGUUGGGCACAGCUAUUUUCUGUACCACAGUCUGGCCUCCAUCUUGUAUUCACUGUGAUAAUGGAAAUGUUUCAUAACAGCGUUCAGGGAUGCCAGGAACCUGGUAUUUAAAAUCUGCUACUAAGGUCCCAGCCUAUAUGUACUAAUCAUGGCUGCUUGAUGGGACCUGAUUUUGAUAAAAGUGCAGCAGGAGCAGGCUAUGAAUCGGUGCCUGCACUUUCUGCUUUGGAUGUAGAAGGAAAGGGUACUAGGCUCUUUAUAUCUUACCAAACAGGGCGUUUUUCUUUCACAAAACCCAGGAUGUACUGCUUUCCUGGAGCUGUAUACUCUCAGGCAGUGAAUGUGCCAACCCUCCUUGUGUCAGGCUGAGCUUUGGCAUGCCAUUGAACAAGGUGUGGUGGUGCUGUGGAUCAGCACGAGAACAGGUGGUGCUGGUCUUGUACCCUUGCAGACAUGACACAAGAUGGUGCAGACUGGCGAACCAAACACCACACUCCGAAACCCCUCCACCAAAUGUCUCCGUUCCUUUCCUGCUCCUUCCACUGCAUGACCUUUUGCCCUCUGCUGCUGCAUGCUAGCAUGACCGCCACUUCCCACCCCCACCGCCCUUAACACCCGUGUGUCUUUUCCCUCUCGUAGGUGCGGGCAGGUGCUCCCUCUCUGCCGUAAAUCUCCCCAAACAUGUGGACUCUAUAAUCAACAAGCGCCUCUCCAAAUCUUCCGCCACUCUCUGGAACUCGCCCAGUAGAAGUAAGAGACCCCUUGGGGCACCCAGCAGUGCCAGGGUGAGGGAGGGCAAGGGGCGAUACUGAUUUAAAACCUGUAUCCAUUCCUAUCCCAUUGGCCAAGGGCUGGCGAACACGUUUAAAGCAAUUAUUAUUAUUUUUUAAGAUACCUAUAACACCAUAAGAGUUUGAGUAGCAAUUCCGCCCAAGCGCAGAAGUACAGAAUUUGGUAUUCAGCAAAAAAUUCAGCAUUGUAAGGACCUCAGCUUUAAUCCUUUUUUAAAUGCAAGUUUAUAGUCCUGCUUUGUGAACAUAGAUCCUGAACGGCAGGGUAUGCAAUAGGGAAAGUAAACGGGUAGAUCUGGGUGAUAGGCACAGUGAUAUCAGAGACCCUGUUGUGCCCACAUAACUGCAGUAUGUGGAGAAGGAGGAGAAGGCGAGAUUGUGGCUGAACAUUAGGAGAAAGAUGAUGACAGUAAUAAGAGCCAUUUGACAAUGGAACCAAUGGUCUAGAUAAAAUAGAGUUGGUGGGCUCUCCCUCGCUGGCGGUCCUCAAGCAGAGGUUGGACCAAGUCAUGUGCGGGGAAGAUUCUCGUUCUGGACUUCCUGCAACUAACUCUGAUUCUGAGGAAACAAACCACUGCCCCAAAUAAUAAUGGGAACUGUAGUUCAUUAAGCGUGCUGAGAGUUGUUAGGAUAUCCCUAUUCUUCUCAAUGAGUUACAGUUCCCAGAGUGGUUUAACAAACUCGCUUUUCCCAGAGAACACAGAGUAAGUGCCUUGGUGCCAGGCUCCCUGCAAGACGAUGGGGCACAAGGCAGCCAGGUGCUGGAUUUGGGCUGGGAGAGGGUCUGAGUAGGGAACGUGCUCAGAUCUACCUCUUAUGCAACAUUAGGUUGCACAUUUUAACCUGCAAUAUCAAUGUGAUACUUUCACAGCCCAGCCCCUAUGCUGCAUUACUAACGCUGGUCUACUCUCCAAGGUUGUUCUAAACUGUUCUUACUCUUCACUUCAGCCUAACUUCAACCUGCAAUAUUAACAUUGGACUACAUUGUAAGGGCUGUUAUUUGAACACUUGCUUUUCAGCUAUAUUCUUGCCAUAUUAGUCGCUCCUUUCCUAUUUCCUAUAGCUAAUCCUAGGUUUGACGCCAGAUAAAAUAACCAGCCCUGGUCUGAAUGAUUCUUCCUUCCUGCCUGUCUGCUUUCCAUUUUUUUAUCAGUUUAAAUCCUACCCUUUGAAAGGCAAGCAAGGAUGGAGCCAGGCAGGUGUUCAUGGGGAGAGUGUUCCAUAAUCUAGGUGUUCCUGCAUCAGGGAUGGAGACCCUGUGUAGGAUCCAGGUGUAGGAUGUCCAGCUAUCAUGGUCAGUGGCCACACAAUCUAGGUCAGAUGGGGGGGGGGAGUGGUUGAAUAUGGAAGAAGCCAGAAUUGAGGAUGGGUAAUAUGGAUGGAGGUGGAGAUGCUAACCAGGUGUUGGGACAUCUGUGGCAUUGAGCUAUCCGGACUCUUGCUUGCUGGCGAGGGGAACAGUUAAGAAAGUUGGUUUUCAUAUAGUGCUUUCUGAGUAUUCAAAAUGGUUCAUGCAUACUAUCACAGUUGUCCUUACAAGACACUUGAGAGGCAGGGUGACAUUAUUGUCCCCAUAUUUCAGAUCAGGUGGGUUGGCCUGAGGUUAAGAAACUAGGAUUUUUCAAUAGCCUGCCUGAUUAGCUUGUGGCACAGAAGUGCUGUCUGGGGCUGAUGGAAUUUGUAGUCCAAAACAUCUGGAGGGCAACGGGUUGGAGAAGGCUUGUCUAUUUUAUCUCAGUAAUGCCAAGUGUGAGUGCCACUGGCUCCCCAAGGUCUCAGCUAGAGGUUGGGCAGUUACCUGAGCCUUUCCACCCCAAUGAACUUUUAGCUGGAGAUGUCAGGAAUGAGUCCGUGCAAAACAAGCAUACGUGACCACCGUUGCCCUCUGCAGAAGAACCUCUCGAACACACACACACACACACAGAGAGAGAGAGAGCGCUGACUUGCCACUGAUCUUGGACACAGUGCUGAGAUAUACUUGCUCCACUUACUGCUCUUUCUACGCCCUUCCCCAAGUCUCUCUCUUUCUCUCUGUGCUGCAAAGGAUAGUAUUUUUCCCCCUAGUUGUUUUGUUUCCUAGUUGCUUAGUGAUGAUUAAAAAUACCCUGGCCAUCUGAACAAGAUUCCGGAAGAGGCUAAGUGAACAGCAGAGUGAGGAGAGGCCUGUGUCUGAGUCAAGAGGGGCCCGCAAAGAGAACCAUUAGCCUCAGAGGGAUUGUCCAUGUGGAAUGUAGGGUUGGGUGGUGCCCCCCACCCCCACCCGCGGAGAAGGAGCUUUAUCCAGAGAAGAAUAGCAUCCCCAUUCAAGGCUUUGAAAAAUAUAUUUGUGCUAUUUGUUACUCCACUCUACCCCAACCCCAAAUUCCUCUGUUCCAAGUGAUCGUUGAGAAGUGUCUCUAUUUUAUCUGAUUUAAUAUAAAUUAUUUUUUAAAAAAAAGUUAUGCUGUAAGCUUGGUACAGGAAGCAAUUCCUACAAUAUCUGACAACACAAAGAUGAAAUACCCUACAAAAUAAAGUUAUGUGGUAUUAUUUAAAGUGAAUUAAAAAUCUGCCCAACUGUGACCAUUGAAAAUAAGGAUUUCUUUCUGGAAUAUGCUUGAGUCCCAUUGUGGGAUAUGUCAUGCCCAUACUUAAGCUACAUACCUUUUGCUUCCAUCCCCCUCUUUGAUACUGCAAACAUCACAUUUGUCAUUAUUGUGACUUGCUGCCUACUGGCUCAAUCCGUACACCGAAGACUUUAUCAGGUGCUGCUGGUCCAAAUCUUAAUAUGUGUCAAUAUUGUUUGCUAAAUCGUCUGCCUUGCCCAGAAAGUCAACUUGUCACUGCAGAAAGUCACUGCGGAGUCCUUUUAUUCCUCUGGGGGAGGUGAAUGGCUUUGGUUAGUUUCUCAACCAAGUGGACCUAAGUACAAGCCCUGCAUCUGGCAGACACCUUUCUCCCCUCUGAACUGUUCCUCUGCAACCAGCCCUGCAUAUUGCUUAGGAGACAAAAUGCCUUGUAUUAGGUAGGCUUGGUCCCUGGCCUACUUUUGAGGAGAAAGUGAUUCCGGAGUUUGUGCCUUGCUUGGAAGUCACCGGGAAGCAAACAACGAAAUGGCGGCAAGACUCCCCUCAACUGAAAGCUGGAGGCUGAAGUUGUUGCAGAGUUGUUGAAACUGGAACUAGCAGGUCUUGGCCUAACGCGGAGCAUUUUGUCUCCCUUUCCCCCACCAGAUCGUAGCCUCCAGCUCAGCCCCUGGGAGAGCAGUAUUGUGGACCGACUCAUGACACCAACACUGUCUUUCUUGGCACGCAGCCGGAGUGCUGUGACACUUGCCGGCAACGGCAAAGACCAGGGUAAGUGGGAGCAGAUGAAGGAACUGAAAUGAUAUUGAGGGGGAGGACUUGUCCCAUCUCUGAUUCAGCACUAUCGCGACUGGGUGGGGAUAGUUCUUUUUUGCCAGGGCUGGCCCAAGACAUUUUGCUGCCUGAGGUAGAAGAGCAAACGGCACCACUCACUCACCCACCCACCAACCAAGUCAAGGUGAUUUAUACCCCAAAGACCAGCCAAGCCUCUCUCUCAACACUGGCAGAAACAACAACAACGACAGUGAUAAAUUACAUAAUUUAAUGAUAUUUGUGACACCUAAAAUCCGCUGCCUCACUCUGCCUAAUGGUAGAGCUGGCCUUGAUGUUCUGCUAAACCCCUUCGUAAGUCCCACACUUUGAAUCCUCCACCCUCUUCCUAUAAGCAUGUAACCCCUCCCUUUCGCCCCAUUAAAUUGGUGGGGGAAAGAGGCACCCUUUUACUACUAACCAUUGUGCCAAAUGAGUACGAAAGACAACUAGCAUUUCAUUUUUUUUCACUCAACUCUCAUCUUUAUUCAUUUACAAAACUUGUAUCCCAACUCCCCCCCCCCCUUUUUAAAGCAACCUCCAUGUGGCUUGCAAUUUGAAAGCAGGAACAGAACAUCAUUAAUUAAAACAAAAUAAAAGGAUAAAACAGUAUCGUAAUGAAGGGUAUCAGCCAGAUGAAUUUAGCAUGUUUCAUCAAUAUUUCUAAAGCAGCUGUAUUAGUACUUCGUAUUUCAGAAUGAGAUAUUUUAGAAGCAAAAUUAAGGAAUGCUGAUUAUGCUUAGCUUGCCCUGUUUUCAGUACAUUGGACUCAGCUACAUUAGUAAAGAAACAGCGAUUUGAAUGCACUAUAAACAUGCAACACCAGAUGGCUCCAGAGAGCAGGAAAUUUUGAAACAUGAUUUUCCAAAGAGGUUUUUUUCUUUUCUUACAAUGAUCUAAUUUCUGAGUUAUUUAUAGGGUGUGUGUCCCGUCCCCCCGCCCCAUGGGUCUAGAUCCACCCAUUGUCUGUAAAGGUUGUGAGUGGGAACAAAGUAGUAUCUCUGUAUUGUCAGAUUUUAUUUACAGACUUCUAUUUGCAAAUAGUUUUAUCUUUCAGUGGGACAGCACCUGUGCUUUGGAACUCCCUGCCUAGUGUCCCACAUUCUAUUGUUUUAGAUGCCUGCUGAAAACUUAUUUUUAUUUCAGCAGCCAUCCUAGGCACACAAUUUACUUCUAUGUGUUUGUUUUGUGUGUGUGCGGGUAUAUGUUUGUGGGUAUCAGCUGUGCUUUAUCUACAGUUGUAUUAUGUAUUUCUCUUAGUGCACUUUGUGAUUAAGCAGUUCAUAAAUCGUUCUAAAUAAAUAAAAUACUCUUGGGCCUUCUUGUGCUCUGCUCUCUGGCUGGCCUAUUGACAACUCCUCUCUCUCUCCUGUUCCAGCAGUACCCGUGUGCCCCCGCUCAGCCUCUGCCAGCCCCCUCAGCCCCUGCAACAACCAGCGCCUGCAUCAUCGCUGCUCAGAGCGACGGCGGCCGGCAACCAGCAGCCCUGAUGUGACACCCCGGCGCAAGGCUGAGGCCUCCCCUGUGAGUGACUGUGUGCUCUUUCCCUCUCUUUCUCUCCCCCACAUCCCCACCACUGAUGAGCCACCUAUGCCCAUGUUCGUGACAUAGGAUGCUCUUUGAACAUUUUGUAUUUGAGCCUGACUGUCGUUGUCUUUGUUGGUGCUUCUACCAAUGGCCCACUCCCUCUACCCUGCCUCAUUCCCUCAGAAAAAGAAGGAGAAGAAGGAUAAAGAUCGGGAAAACGCCCAAGAGAAAAACGCCCUAGCGCUUCGCAAACGCAAGUCUAUGCCGUCAUCCCAGCCUCGCCAGCCGCACACACCUGAGAACAGGUAGGAGGAGCUCCUAGGGUGUGGGUGUGUGGUUCUGCUACUCCGUCUUCACUUGAGAUUUGGCAGAUCUUCGUUUAGCACUGCCAAGCAGGGCUCUCUGCAUCAGGCUUUGCAGCGGUGCUGUUUCCUACCUAUCCUCAGGAACAUCAGGGCAGUAGCCAUGGUUACCUUUAUUUAGGCACGGGGAACCUCAGGCUCAGGAGCUAAGUGCUGCCUUCCAGACCUCUCCGUCCGGCCCUUGAGACUAUUCUCCAACUCGGCCUCUUCCUCAGGCCACACCGCUGACGAGCCAUGGUCCACACUCCCCUCCCAUUCUUCUGCUGGGCUUGACUUUAUUCUUGACAUGUAACAAUGGCUCUUGCUUGGAUGGAUGGAUGGACAGUAUAGACACCUCUUGACUAUUUUGGGUGGCCUACUAGAAUCACACCCAUUGUCCCACCGCCACUGGCAUGAAGCACCUGGAAGGCAACGCAUGAAGGAAUAUAGCCCCCAAGCUAAAAAAAGCUUCCCCAGUUCUGCUGUUAGGCUGUGGCCACAUACUGAGUGAACUAGGAAUAAGUUUACAUUUGCCCUCACUGGUUCUUGGUAAUUUGGGCCUAGCUUGGCAUCAAGUCAGCAGGACAGUGCUGGUUGGUUGGUAAGGUGCAGCAGCUUUUCCUUUCCCAUCUGACUGUGUGUAUUUGUGUUCCAGCAGCCCAGGCCCCAAGCCCAGGCCUGCAUCUCCAGCUGUUGCCAAGCAACGCCCAGCCUCACCUAGCACAGGCCCUGGUUCUCCACAUCGGGCAGGCCUGAAUCGCAGCGCUCAGUCCUCGCCCAAAGUGCGGCCUCGCAGGGAGCACGACGGGCAGCCAAAGGUCCGUGAACGCAAGGAUGAGCAGAAGGAACGAGGGUCAGCCUCCCCUGCUCCAAGUGAGACCCCCAAGGUCACGGGGAGCAGCGAAACAGCACAAGGUGAGGCAAUAUCCUGCUCUCCAUUGUAGAGGGAUUUUGAGUGAAGGUUGUCUUCUCUUCUUAGGGAGGUGUUCUAACCACAUAUUGGUAUUCCGCUGACAUUUGAAAAGACACUGGCAUUUCCUUGGUCCCUUGAACAAGUCCUGUUUCAAUUGCUGUGUGGUUUUAAAUAAGAUUGAUUUAUGGCAUAUCUUAAUUACCGGUGUUUUUAUUGUUUAUUACGAAUGUUUUCAUAGCAAGUAAAAUUUAUAUCCUGCCCUUCCUCCAAAGAAGCCCAGAGUGGCAAAUAUGUCAGUACUAAAACAAUACAAUUAAAACUUCUAAAAAGUGUUUAAAGAGCCUUCUAAAACCAGGUGAAAACUCCUAAAAACCAUCACCUCCUCUCAAAACUAAUAAUUUCAGGGUUGCCAGGGACAGGUCUUUCAGCCAGCCAAUGCCUGAGUAAACAGAAAUGUUUUUAAAUUCCUCCUAAAAGGAGGCAGACCACCUGGGAAGCACCACCAAGAAGGCCCUGUGUUGCAUUUCACUGCCAGCCAGGCAGCUUCCCAGUGGGAGCACCACCAACAAUUAAUUGUAAUGUUUUAUUCGUUGUGUAUUUUAAUUAUGAAUGUUUCUGUUUUUAGUUAUUGUGUAGCUGGUUUUCAUGCUUUGUAAACUGCCUAGAAGCCUUCUCUGCCACUGAACAGUACAUAAAUUAAAAUUCAGUGGAGAUGACAAUGUGUUUGGGGCUCUGCAGAUGCUGCCGCUCCCUCUGGGGCUGCGAGUCCAGUGCCCGCUCCUCCUCCUCCUCCUCCAACUCCAGGCAAACCCAUGGCAGGCACCACAGACCGAGAGGAAGCUGCCCGGCUCUUGGCUGAGAAACGGCGUCAGGCACGGGAGCAGCGGGAACGAGAGGAGCAAGAGCGCAGGGAGCAGGAGGAGCAGAAGCGGUGAGUCCCUGGGUUGAGAUUGAUCAGCCAUUUAGACAUUCAGAUUUCUAGACCUUAUGAUGUUCAUUGUGCAGGUGGAGCAUAAAGCUGGUGAAAUCCUAGAAUCCCAGAUGAAGCUGAGGCAUAAGAGGCAUUAGGCCCCCCACUUCCCUUGGAGGCAAUGUUCUGCUGGCAUGUUGUCCCCACAACCCACCAGUCUUUUGGUCUUCACUUUCUACCAAGUUCUUGUUUAAAGAUUUCAGUUUCUUUUGAGGGGGAAAGGGAAGCAGAAUAAAUAAAUAAAUGCAAGCAUCUCCAUUAGGCUGCAAGAUGUGGGCUUUCUUGGCAAAUCAUUUAGGGGUUUUCAGUAGAGAAUUUGGAUUCAUGGUGUGCACAGGGCACAUGCAACAGGUUGAGUGAGGGCUUGGUUUAGCUUUAUUAAAUUUGUUCAUUGGCAUCCCACAACCAAAGGAAGCUCCAAAACAACUUGCAGAAAGAGAAAUACAGUGGUACCUCGGGUUACAUACGCUUCAGGUUACAUACGCUUCAGGUUACAUACGCUUCAGGUUACAGACUCCGCUAACCCAGAAAUAUUACCUCGGGUUAAGAACUUUGCUUCAGGAUGAGAACAGAAAUCGUGCUCCGGCGGCGCGGCAGCAGUGGGAGGCCCCAUUAGCUAAAGUGGUGCUUCAAGUGAAGAACAGUUCCAGGUUGAGAACGGACCUCUGGAACGAAUUAAGUACUUAACCAGAGGUACCACUGUAAAACCUUCAAGUACAAGCAAUGGCAAUCUGUCCUGUAAAAUAAUGCAAAUUUACUAAAAGUGUCCAUCCAAUUAAAAGCAAAUAUAGCCACACCUCUUCAAAACAAAUGUCAACACCACAAAAUAGCUACUGAAAGCCAAAAUCAUUAUUGUUCUCCAGAUGCCUGUGAUUAAAUAAAUAUGUGCCAGGGAAACCUCCCUGCGGAGAUCAUUCCAUAAUCGGGGGAAGGGGUGGGGCUUCGACAGAAAAGGCUUGUUCUCUUCUUGCCACCCUCCAACUCUUGAAGGGGGCACACUGAGAAUCCUGAGAGAUGUUUCACUUGUGUUUAGCUUGCAAACCUGUUUUCAGGCCCUUGAAUGAUAAUAACGCAGUGCAUUUGACCACGUGUAUAUUCCAUCAUUGUCCAGAUCUCUGGAAUUAGGGCAAAAUAUUCCCAGAGCGGGGGAUGUGGCUUCCAGGCAGCCCAGUUUUAACAUAAUAUCAAAUCCCAUUUUUUGUGCUUUCCCCCCAGUAUAGAGGAAGGGCUGAAGGGCAAAACACCUGCUUUUCAUACAGAUCUCGGGUUCACUAUCCGGUAUCCCUAAGUAAGGCUGGGAGAGACCUCAUCUGAAAUCCUGGAAAGCCACUAUCCAUCAGUGUAAACCAGGGCUGGCCCACCUAUGAGGCAAAGCGAAGCAACUGCCUUAGGCAGUGGGAUCCAGAAAGGCAGCAGAUACCAAUGUAGAUCUUUCUCCCCCACCCCCCUUGUUUCUGAUGUAAUAAUAAUAAUAAUAAAUAAUAAUAAAUUUUAUUUAUAUCCCGCCCUCCCCAGCCGAAGCCGGGCUCAGGGCGGCUAACAACAAUAAAACAGUACAAAAGUACAGCACAAACAACACUCUAAAAUCAUUCAUUAUAAAAUUAAUUAAUUCAAGCCACUGGCAACCAUUGGGCCAGAGCUCCGCGAAGAUUGCCGAGGGAGGGAGUCAGGCUGUGCCCUGGCCAAAGGCCUGGUGGAACAGCUCUGUCUUGCAGGCCCUGCGGAAAGAUGUCAAGUCCCGCAGGGCCCUGGUCUCUUGUGACAGAGUGUUCCACCAGAUCGGAGCCACGGCCGAAAAAGCCCUGGCUCUAGUUGAGGCCAGCCUAACUUCUCUGUGGCCUGGGACCUUCAAGAUGUUUUUAUUUGAAGACCGUAAGUUUCUCUGUUGGGCAUACCAGGAGAGGCGGAUGUAGAUCUUCACUCACCCCUUUUUCCCUGGCGGGGAGGAAGGUGCCAUUUUGUGGUUCGCCUCAGGUGUCAAAAUGUAUUGGGCCAGCCCUGGUGUAAACAAUAUACUAAGCUAAGUGGACCAGUGGCCAGACUCCAUAUAAGGCAACUUCCUAUGUUCUCCCCGUGGAAGUGGGAGGGUGGAUGGGCCCGAAGCAGCUGUUGUAAUGGUGGUGUUUGGUACCCUUAGGCGCCUAGCAGAGGAGCGGGCUCAGCAGGAUGCCAAAGAUCGGCUACAGCAACAGGCUGAGCUCGCCAGGUUGGAGGAGGAGCGGCGGCAGCAGGAGGAGGAGCGGGCCCAGCAGGAGGAGCGCGAGGCCCAGGAUCGGGCCCGAGCUGAGCAGGAAGAGCAAGAACGGCUGCAGAAACAAGUGUGUUUGCUGGGGUUUUUAUUUGCUGCUUCUCAGGGACUGCAAGAAACAAUAUAAAACAGUUUUAAACAGUUUUAAAAACUUACAGUUAAAAAAUUACCUCUAGGUAGGGACGGGAGAGACCCUGCCUGAAGUCCUGGAGAGCCACUGCCUGUCAGUGUAUACAGUACUAAGCUAAAUGGACUAAUGGUCCGGUCUACGGUAGAUCGGGGUGGCCCUAUCAUUGGGAAAACUGAGAUGGCUGCCUCAGGUGGCAAACGCUGGAGGGCAGGCAGGGGUUGGCAAGAUGUUGGAGAGCAAGGCAUCAUGCAGCCUGUGCUGCACCUCCUAUGCCAGGCCACAGACUGCUAUGGGGCACUUGGAUUGUGUAAACCUAAAUCUUAUGGUCUUUGCUUGAAUCCCUCCAGCAAAAUAAUACCAUGCUAAAGGCACCCUAAGACUCAAGUGCCAGUUAUGAGGAACGGCUAAGGGAGCUGGGCAUGUUUAGCCUGGAGAAGAGGGGGUUAAGGGGUGAUAUGAUAGCCAUGUUCAAAUAUAUAAAAGGAUGUCACAUAGAGGAGGGAGAAAGGUUGUUUUCUGCUGCUCCAGAGAAGCGGACACGGAGCAAUGGAUCCAAACUACAAGAAAGAAGAUUCCACCUAAACAUUAGGAAGAACUUCCUGACAGUAAGAGCUGUUUGACAGUGGAAUUUGCUGCCAAGGAGUGUGGUGGAGUCUCCUUCUUUGGAGGUCUUUAAGCAGAGGCUUGACAACCAUAUGUCAGGAGUGCUCUGAUGGUGUUUCCUGCUUGGCAGGGGGUUGGACUCGAUGGCCCUUGUGGUCUCUUCCAACUCUAUGAUUCUAUGAUUCUAUGGUGAUACUUGGUACAUGAAAUUGUGCGAGUGUGUGGACAUUUUUGCCUCAGAUGACAGAAUGUCUUGGACUGGGGCUGUAAUGCAGGGUUGGUGUGCUUUUCAAGGGAGAAGGUGCUUUCAGGCACUUGGGGGCAUUUUAGGGAACCAGACAGGAUGGAGAAGCACUACCAUCCAGUGGUAGCAACUGGUUACAUUUUCUAGGGUGGAAAUUACGUUUUGAUUCCCUAUGAAUUUAGGGGAGUGGGUGCCUGCAAUUUCUCUCUUUGAUUACUGUGUUGAGCCCCAUGUCCCUGGCAAGCAAAUUAGGAUAGGCGUGAUUGAAGUGUACACACUUGCUGUGAUUUAACCAGCAAAUUCAGGUUGCAUGAUUUGUUUUGACUUCACCCAAAUGUAUGAACUUCUUCUGUUGGCUGCAGAGGGAGGAAGCAGAGGCCCGUGCACGCGAGGAGGCCGAGCGCCAGCGGGUGGAGCGUGAAAAGCAUUUCCAGCGGGAAGAACAAGAGCGGCUGGAGCGGAAGAAGGUGGGUGUGCCUUUCUAUGCAGGGGUGUGUGGGGGUGACUGAACAGCCCAGAUUGUCUGGCUAGGUGGAAGAAAGAGAGAAGGCAGCUGUCUCACUUUGCCCAAUGGUAGGGCUGGUCCUGCACAAUUGCAAAAUGCAAAGUGAUCACUUGUACACCACAAGCAAAGGCUUGCACUGCUUCCUCCCACUCCCAGUUGGCACCCAUGACUGAGAAAGUGGCAAAUGUUUGUCUGUGAACAGGGACAAUGUCUGACAACCUUCUUCCUCCUCUUUCUCUCUGCAGCGGUUGGAGGAGAUCAUGAAGAGGACACGAAAAGCAGAUGGAGCUGAUGCCAAGGUGAGUCAUUCUUCAGAAAACGGGUCAGGGAUGACGUCUUUUUAUUUAAUUUAUGUCUUGCCGUUCUUCCAUCAUGGACCCCCAAGGCUGCAUACGUGUGGUUCUCACAAGGUCCCCCAUCCAAGCACUGACCAGACCUUGACAUGCUUAACUUCAGCAAAGCCUCAGGUGCCUUCAUACCCCAAGCCCUAGGGCUGGCUUGCCCUUAAGCAGGUGGUGAGCCACUGUUUGCUGGGCCAAGGGACUUUGGUACCUGAAGCAGAACAUGCAGUUGGCAGCCCUCAUUAUUAAUGAUACACCAACUGCUCUUGCACAACACCUCUGUGUGUUUCUAUGGUACUUUUGCAGGAGGGCUUUUCGGAUCUGACCUCAGUGCAACCCAUAAUCUGCCAUCUCAUGGUCAGACACUCUCUGGGCCCUUGAGCUCUUCAUCCCAGGGACCUUUGCAGGACCUCCUGGAAGGCAAGGCGGGCCUACUUCUACCCCAGGAAACAAAACGGGCCAAGCUUAACUUCUCCAGUGUGCUUGUUCCAGACCUGCUCUCUCCAUGGCCUCUGGGACAGAAUGACAGUACAGUAGUCAGUCAGUCAGAUUUACUUGUUCAUCACAAAAAUACAAAGCCAGUGUGGGCUGUAAUCUAUUGGACAUGACUAACGUAGUUCCAUUUAUUUCAUAGGGUCCAUUUAUUUCAUAGAGUUAAAUUUUGUUAGAAGUACAUUUCACUAGGGGACGUGGGUGACGCUGUGGGUUAAACCACAGAGCCUAGGACUUGCCGAUCAGAAGGUCGGCGGUUCGAAUCCCCGCGACGGGGUGAGCUCCCGUUGCUCCUGCCAACCUAGCAGUUCAAAAGCAUGUCAAAGUGCAAGUAGAUAAAUAGGUACCACUCCAGCGGCAAGGUAAACGGCGUUUCCGUGCGCUGCUCUGGUUCACUACAUGACCGGGAAGCUGUAUGCCGGCUCCCUCGGCCAAUAAAGCAAGAUGAGCGCCGCAACCCCAGAGUCGGUCACAACUAGACCUAAUGGUCAGGGGUCCCUUUACCUUUACCUUUACAUUUCACUAGAAGUACAUUUUAGCAUUGUUGGUCUCCAGCACGCAGGACCCCCCUGCUCCAUGUUGUACAGUGAAAUUACAGCUGAUCCUUUGAGCUGCUAAAACAACAUAGGAACCUUAUAUGUAGUGUAUUUAUCCCUAUCCAUGAACAAAUACAGUAACAGAUUUUCUCCCUCUUACUACCUGGAGAAUCGGGCAAAUUUAACAGUUGGCAUUUGUUUUUGCAGAAGAAAGACAACAAGAAACUUGUGAAUGGGAAGGAAGGGAAACAAGAGGGCGAGGCAGACACAGGUGAGAACCACCCCUUGUACCGGAUGCUCUGCUAAUUAUGAAAGGGCAGGAUCACAGGAUGGUUUUGGAAUCUGGCCCCCUGCAGUUCUGAAUCCAGGUUCUAACUCCAGGAUAUUGCCCACUCUCUAGUCAGCUAUACUUUUGUCCAGGUUGUGUCCAUAACAAAUAGUCACGGAGAGGGAGCUGCAGUCACAGGUAGCAAAGACCUGACUUGCAAGCAUCUGGACACAGACAAUGAAAUGGGCUUGACCAGGAAGAGGGCAUAACUUGACCAAGGAAGUCUUUGUAGCACUUCCAAGCAAUUGAAAAGGUUUGUAGCAAACGAGUUGAAGCCUGAGGCUGCCUCAGUGGGUUGCAUGGCUGAGGUCUCUGUCCCUGGAUUCAAAGGCCUCUUGUAGCCUGUAACAACCUCUUUUCCUACAUUCCCAGAUGGAGAAAAGCGCCCUGGAAGCCUUCCCAAGGAAGAGGAGCUGCCUGAGAUGCAGGCGUCAAGUCCAGCCGGUCGCAAGGGGCCAGCCCCUGAGGGGACCCAGCACAGGUACCAUCUACAGCAGGAGUGACGUGUUCUUAGCUCAAGUUGGUGCCAGUUCCUCUGUUACAGGAGCAGCAUAGUUGCUACUUCCCUGAGAUCUUUCCUACACCAAAAUGAAGGAAUGUAUACAUUGCAGGCCAGGGGGAGCGGGGAUCUCAUGUGCGAAGAACCACCAGGGGUAGGAGAAGCAUCUAUAGUGCUACUCUUCCCCAGGGCUUCCUGUCCUUCUUCAUCAUGGUUGUGUGACCUGUGGAGUUUGUGGGAAGCAGAAUAAACCAAGUGACAGAGAGGGAUUUUAAACACAUUGCCAGAAGAUGGUUUAUUAUAGCCUCACCCAAGAUGUUUUGGGCUACAAUUCUCUUCAGCAGGCUGAUGGGAAUUGCAAUCCAAAACAACUGGAGGGCACUAGGUUGGGAAAGGGUAGUUUAUUGUAACCCAGACAACAAGACCAACAUUCUUUGGAUCACCAGAACCUUUAUCUGGGGUAACUAGCCUUAAGACUAGACAUUCUCACAUGGUCGCGCCUAGGAAAUUCCAGUGGCGACAAACAUUUGUACGAGUUGUUGUGCUUUUCCCAUGGUGCAGUGUCUGCAUAUUCUGCCCAUUACUGAAUACUUUAUUCAGAAUACACAAUUCUGAAUACUUUCCUUUAAAAAAAAGCAGGUUACUAGUCCUUAUGGUUGCAGAUAGGCCAAAAAGAAGUGGACAGUGCUUGGUGUAAUCUCAGAACCCAGAUGGAGAGUGAGUGCGUCUGUCUGUGUGUGUGUGUGUGUGUGUGUGUCUUACCAGGAGCAGAGCAGAUUGUGCAGUGUAUGCGACUUGAGGAGGGCUUGAUUUUGAUUGCAGUUUUCCACACUCUGUGGUACAGGUUUUUUUGUUGUUGUUGUACACUGCCACCCACCCCCCUUGCUUUCUUCUUCCCUCUUUGAGACAGGCCUUUGCUUGCCACAUCUCCAUCUGACACCCUCUCCUCUCUUUUGGUUGCAGCUGUCCUGUGGCUCCUGCCCUGUCCCUGGUGAACGGCCUGCAGCCCAGCAAGCACGAGAACGGCUUUUCCUCCCCCAAGGAGCCCAGCGGGCGGGAGCACCCCGUGAGCCCCGGGUUGAGCAUGGCUGGCGAGCCCAUCCUGCCUUUUGCCAACAAGGAGCCCUUCCUCAGCAAGGCGGUAGCAAAGCCCCCACAGAUCACAGGUGAGGGACUGCCCCUUUUUUGUCCAGCAAAGUUCAGGAGCUUUAAGCAAGUUAAAGGGUGUGCUUCAUAUGCAAAAAAACCUGGCCCAACAAAUGCCCUGAAUAGAGGCAGUGGCAGGCAGGCAAAUGGUCUGGAAGUCAGUACAGAGGAUGUGAACUUUUAUUGGGAUCAAACGGUUCUUAGGGUCCCAUGGGCCCAAGUUGUUCAGGGCUUUGUGAAUUAGCACAUAACCGUUGAACCUGGCCUAGUGGUAAACAUGGUCCACCUAAUGUAGCAUUGCCUGUUACACUGAUUCCAGAAGCCAAGGCUUAUUGGUGCUUGUGAAAAGCCAUAAUCAGUUCCUACAUGGCAGGAGCUAAGCAGCUGGUUUUGGCCGAUUCUUUUUUGGAGGCAGGAGGCAGGCUAGAAGAUGCUCUGCAGCUCUUCCAAGUGUCUCUGAUCCCUUUUUAACUUCUUUGUCUCCUGCAGAGGUUCUGUAAAGCAGCGACACCACCCUCCCCCACCCCAAAGGAUGGGUGCAAACAAGGUGCCAACUCCAGGCUAGCUCUAACCAGAAGAUCAGCCCAAGGCUCUCCAACCUGCAAGGAUCGAGGAGGUGUCAGGAGCCAGGCUGGGGGCGGCCCAGCCCCACGGACUCUUCUCUUUUCUCUUACUGUUCUCAUUUUAUGAUUAUGAUUAUUUUUUUAAUAUGCACCUUAUCAGACUGACCCUCAACCCAUAGCUCAUCCCAGACGAUAUAAUCACAUAGUUAUUUAACUGGCUGGGUACAAAGGAUGUUAAUAAUGUACAUAAACUUCAGUGUUAGCAUGGGAUUACGCAAGCAGUUACCUCUGUGGUAUCGCUGCCCCAAAACAUGUAUUCAUGGGAGAUGCCUUUGGUGGGUUACUUUUUUUAAAUGUGGGCUGAGUCAUGGCAGGGGAGAUUGGAUCCCUUGUACACGGUUGGGGUCUGUGUGCAAGAGUGUGCGUAUGUGUGUGUGUGUGUCUGCCUGUUACAGCCAAUGGAAAGCGUCUAGAUUUCUAAUUUAAACUCUCACUAUUGGUCCCAGCCAGAAUACCUGCAGGAGUGUGUGUGUGUGCACCAUUAGCCACUCAACAACUGCCGUUGUCCUACACACUGUGCUUUUUUUGGGUGCUGCUGUUUCUGUGUGUGUAUGUGUUUCGUGCGUGCGAUGGCUGGGGCUGUGUUUCGCUCAGAGUCAUUGUGACAGUAUUAUGCAUCUGAACAACCUUUUGUGGACAAUAAAAUGGAGAAAUGGCAGGUGA